AUGCCAGCUUUAUCAACUGGAUCUGGAGGUGACACAGGUAGAUAAGCUCUGGGGCUGCUAAUUUUCUGCAGUUUGUUAGAUUUUACAUUAUGUGUAGAUAGGGAUAUAUUGUCCUGCUCCAUCUACAGCGGUACAUAAAAAAUCGUGUGUGACUUGUACAGGCAUCCCACCACUUGCAUGUUUGUGCAUGACUGCACAUUCACAGUGCUUUCCCACACGUCCUGCUUCCUGCUGGCCCCAGAGAUUCAGUUCUACUUGUGGAUAUUUUUGGAUACAGUAUUUUUGGUAUGGAUUAAAGAGAAAGCAGCAGAGAGGGUGUUUAAGGGAUGUUUAGAGGGUACUCCCCACUUUAUGCAAUUUUUCUUAUGCAUGCAGGGGCCCGUAAUGUAACUCCCACAUAAGUGGGGAGUUGCCUCUACUAUAAUAUAGUAGGGAAUGUACAUUCCAAUAAACAUGUUGAAGACAAAUGCAUGCUAAUGGACAACAUCCAUACUUGGAUGCUAUUUUAGAUGCGUAUCCAAGCCACGCCUGUAAUUCCCAAUCCAAGAAGUGAUAUGCACAGGCAGAAGCAAACUCCAACCUGUGGAUCUCUUUAUCGGGGUUUGUAUAUGCUUUUAGGGGACUAACAGAAGCUUUGUUGCAAAUUAAAGAACUAUGAAUUGUAUAACUAUAGUAAAGGGAAAUUGAUGUGUAAUAGUUUCAGAUAUCAAUAAUUGCAGCAGGUUUUAUAAUCAGGUUUUAUUGUAGUUUUUUUAACAACUGCAUUCGACCUCCUUCACAAGGAUAUCAAGAAUGUGUUUCAUUUAUGAUGUAUGCUGAAAUUUCUCUAUAAGGUAGCAAACGAAUGUACAUAUCCUUAGUUUUGAUUCUGCUAGCACAGUACAAUUUCUCUGUUUAAUUUUAGAAAAGCAAACUUUUAGACAAAACCUGAAGAAUUUGCUUGAUUCCUUGCUGUAUUACCACUCUGUGGCAAUUGAAACUGGAAUCUUUGCUUUAGCUUCCUGCAAAUGCUGUUAGUAAUUCAAAGUGUAGAGACUCCUAAAAUGAUAAGGACCUUCCUAAGGUCUUCUGAAGUGAGUGUUAUAAAUUGGAUUUGAGCCUAACAUUCUUAGACUGACUUCUUGAGAGCAGCUCAUGGCAAAAAAGAAAGAAAGAAAGAAAAAAGAAAUACUUCUCUUUCACAGCUGACCAAUAGAACAAAACUCCAGUUGCUAUUCUUUUGAGGUAACAUGAUACUAGGCAAGAAGAGCCUUGUUAAUUUGAAUGAAGAAGGGUUGGCUAUUCUUGAACUCCCUCACAAUGUUACUGUAAUAUUGCCAAGCUGCUGUUGGCAUACAAAUCUUGACCAUAUGCAAAAAACCAUGAUUUAAAAAACAAUGAACAGUAAUGUACUCAUUUUAAAAAUAUCACUAUUGUUCAUUUCUAAAGUAAUGACAGUUUUCAUGUUUGUAUUGUUGUAAUACCUUCUGUGGGUAGUAUUGUUAAAACUUGAUUAUACAAUCUUUACCGUUGCGCGUAGUAAUCAGCUUUUUUAAUUUACUUGGUUACUAAUUGUCCAUUAUGUGCAUAAACAUAUGUGAUAUUUUUACAUAUAUACAACCACUAAAAUGGCUAAGUGAGUGAACCUUUUUCAGGUACUUGAUACUGAUCUUUAAUUGCAUUGUACAGUAGCAAAUGUACAGUUUGGAGCCAGUGUGGUGUAGUGGUUAAGAGCGGUAGUCUCGUAAUCUGGGGAACCGGGUUUGCGUCUCCGCUCCUCCACAUGCAGCUGCUGGGUGACCUUGGGCUAGUCAUACUUCUCUGAAGUCUUUCAGCCUCACUCACCUCACAGAGUGUUUGAUGUGGAGGAAGAGAAAGGAGAAUGUUAGCAGCUUUGAGACUCCUUCUCAAAAAAGCGGGAUAUCAAAUCCAAACUCUAAAGCGGGAUAUCAAAUCCAAACUCUUCUUCUUCUUCUUCAGAUGUCAGGAUGCAGGUAUCUUUGUUCCUGAAUAUUUAGUUCCAUAUAACAAAAUGUUAUCCGAUCCUUUUACAGAACUGUGAAAUACAGUGGUGCCUCGCAAGACGAAAUUAAUUCGUUCCGCAAGUUUUUUCUUCUUGCGAGUUUUUCGUCUUGCGAUCCACGGUUUCCCAUAGGAAUGCAUUGAAAAUCAAUUAAUGCGUUCCUAGGGAAACCGACUUCAGACCAGGUCCGGGGACAGUCUGCCCCCGCCCCUCGUCUGAAGGCUGGGGGGGACAAGGGCUUUUCGUCCCACCCACCCCAGCAUUUUAACAACCCCGGGACCGCGGAGGGCUUCUCCGCUGUCCGGGGCGAUCUUAAAAUGCUGGCGGGCGGCAUUUUAAAAUUGCCCCGGGACAGCGGAGGACUUCUCCGCUGUCCGGGGCAAUUUAAAGCCCCUGGGAAGGCAGGCAGGGGGACAAAGACUUUGCCCCCGCCAGCCUUCAGAAGAGGUCCCUCUUCUGAUGGUUGGGGGGGGGGCGAAUUUCUUUGUCCCCCCCCACCUGCCUUCAAAAGCUGUCCAGCCAAGGCUUCGCGGACCUCUCCGCGAGCAGCGGCAGCGCUGCCGCUGCUUGCGGAGAGUUGCCGGCAUGCCGAAGCCUGCGCGCGCUGAGAUCAGCGCGCCCAGGCUUCGCGGACCUCUCCGCGAGCAGCGGCAGCGCUGCCGCUGCUUGCGGAGAGUUGCCGGCAUGCCGAAGCCUGCGCGCGCUGAGAUCAGCGCGCCCAGGCUUCGCGGACCUCUCCGCGCGCUGCGGCAGCGCUGCCGCUGCUUGCGUAGUGUUGCCGGCAUGCCGAUGCCUGCGCGCGCUGAUAUCAGCGCGCCCAGGCUUCGCGGACCUCUCCGCGAGCAGCGGCAGCGCUGCCGCUGCUUGCGGAGAGUUGCCGGCAUGCCGAAGCCUGGGCGCGCUGAUCUCAGCGCGCCCAGGCUUCGCGGACCUCUCCUGCCUUCAAAAGCCGUCCGGGAUAGCGGGAAGCGCUUCCCUGCUAUCCCGGACUGCUUUUAAAAUGCUGGCGGUGGGGAGCAAAGCCUUUCGGCCCCCGCCAGCCUUCCUGGACCUCUUCUGAAGGCCGGAGGGGGGGGGAAGGCUUUGCUCCCCACCGCUAGCAUUUAAAAGAGGUCCCCGGAGAUUUCCCUAUGGGCUUUCGUCUUGCGAAGCAAGCCCAUAGGAAAUUGCUUAUGCAAGCGCCUCCAAAACGGAAAACCCUUUCGUCUAGCGGGUUUUCCGUCUUGCGAGGCGUUCGUCUUGCGGGGCACCACUGUAAUUUUUUGCUGUGAAAAAUGUAAGCCUGUUAGAAAUAUCAAUGAACAGUAAUGAUUAUUCUACUUUUGUCAAAGUGGAAAAAUUAAAGACUGGUGUGUUCUAUUUUAUUAAUACAGUAAAAUUUUACAAUGUUGUUCUGGGCUUAGGUGUAUGUUCUUUAGUGUUUAUUACCCCUUAGUUACAAUAAAAUAUUGAAGUUGUAGCUUGGCAUUAUGGUUCAGAAUUCUGAUGUAGUAAAUUACUUAACAAAUGAAGGUAAAUGGACAUCCAUUUGUCCUAAUAUUGAUUUUAAAAAUAUCUCUGACAAGAUUAGUUCUUUCUUGUAAUAUGUAAGAGUGAUGGAACGCAGUGACCAUAUUUUUUUAUCAUUUAGUCCUACUUUAUAGCUUCCACAGACUUGUUCUAAUAAUGAAGCUAUGAAGGAUAUGACAAGAAUGGUGAUAUUAAAUUUCUCUAGACUAACAGUAAAUUUUUCCACUCUGAUGUCAAGAAUGUUGAGCAUCUGGACUCUGAGAGUGAGUAGUUUACCACGUGAGCACUUUCCCCAAUUUCUUAGCCAUUUAUUCUUCUCCUAGGAACUAGCUGUCUUAUGUAGAAAAUAAUAGUAACGGAAACUGCUCUCUAGAAUUGGAAAAAGUUGUGUGCUGUUCAUUUUCCAUUAUUUGUAAGAAUUAUUUUAUUACAUUUUUCAGGUCUUUUAAAAAUAAAAUCACUGUUAUGACAAUGUAUCCAUGUAUUCAAUAAGAUUAAUAAAGUUUAGGAAAGCAGUACCACGGAUGUACUGUAGACACUGUUUACAAGUCCGUGCUACAAUAAUUGUUACUAGAUUUUCAUCCUCAGGGGCCUCCUUUAACGCAGUUUACCUUGUGAAACUACUUCCAUGAACAACCUGUAGUUUUGGAAUCAUUCAUUCCAUCCACCUCUAAGAAGUCUUCCAAAGACUUUUGGAUCAGGCAUUGUUAGGAAUGUUGGAUUGAUCUAAAUAUCAGUCCCAGAUAAAGUAGGCUUUCAUUCAUGGAAAAACUAUGUAAUAGGUUUUGAACUUGUAAUUCUGUUAACUGAGCUUCAUGAACAAAGUGAUGUAUAAAUCAAAACCUGGAUUAAAAAUGCAUACCACUACCCUGCUCUUCAAUCAGAUGGCCAGGUGUUUCAAAUAAGCAGUCACUAUAUAUAAACAUAUAUACAUAAUAAACUUUGAACAAGUAAGAUGAAACUUCGCCUGUGUAUAAUAGCUGGGAAAUCCUCUUCCAUACCCCAUUUCCAAUUAGCAUUUUCAAAGAUUUUCAUCAGGCAUGGAGACAAGGGAGAUGCAGCUCAACUUAAGUGCAAGUGAAGUUGGGUGUAAUAAUAGUAUUAUUUCUUUCUUAAUCUUCACUAUUUUUAAAGCUCAGGUGUUAAAGGCCAGGAUAAAUAGCUGCAUCUUCAGCAUGUGAUGGAAAUUACAUAAUGAAGGUGCUAGAUGCACCUCUGUGGGAGGGAAUUCCACAAUUUAUAGGCUGCCACAGAGAUUGCCCUCUCCUGGACAACCGCCUUGAACUUUGGAGGGCAGUCAAACCACCAAGAAGGCCUCCUCUACUUCUCUUAACACUUGGUGAUCGCCUUUCCAAUAUUUGGUGCCUGAACAAAGCACUUAGUUUUCCUCAUGUAUUAGAAAUUGGAAGUUCAGUUUGAAGACCAAGAUGAUGUUAGUAUAUGUGAAAGUUUAUCAUUUUGAAUCUAAAAUAGUACUAGUCUAGUAUGAAACGAUACUGCAGAAUAAUGGCCAGUUAUAUAGGUUGUAAAAUGUUCAUGGGCUUCAUUUUUACACGUGCGUGUUCGCGCACAUGCACACACACACACACACAAAAUGUUCAAUAAGUUCCUUAGUAGCAAUGAAUGGAUGCCAAAUGAAAAUGCAAUAUUAAGCAGGAUUGGCCGUUUCAAAGUUUUUAGCUUUGUUUACUAAAGACAGUGGUACUUCGGGUUACAUACGCUUCAGGUUACAUACGCUUCAGGUUACAGACUUCGCUAACCCAGAAAUAUUACCUUGGGUUAAGAACUUUGCUUCAGGAUGAGAACAGAAAUCGUGCAGUGAUGGCACAGUGGCAGCAGGAGGCCCCAUUAGCUAAAGUGGUGCUUCAGGUUAAGAACAGACCUCCAGAACGAAUUAAAUACUUAACCUGAGGUACCACUGUACAGGUAACAUGGGGGUGGGGGGAGGUAUAAUCAGUGAAAAUCACAUUCCUGUCCUCACAUUAACAAAGGCAUUCAAUAGAUCAACAUUUCUUCAGAGAACUGUGUAAUUCCUUUUUGAGAACAUCUCUAAUAACAAAAACAAGCUCCUCUGAUCAUUUUGUACAAUGUUCAGCUGCAGCAUGGUGUUUGGGUGUCUUCUAGAAUGCAUUUUUCAGUCAUGUAGGGCAGCAAUGAUGUCCAGCAGGCCUAGCAUAUGCACUUUCUGAGUUAACUAUGUACAUAAGAACAUGCCCCAAUAUUUUCAAAACACAGUAGUUCCAGAGGAGAUAAGGCAAUGGGUAAAACAUGCCUGAAAGUUCAAAAACCGCUCCUGUAGCUAUUUCAGUCUGCUUUUGAGCUGUAGCAGUCCACAUGGUGGGGCGAUGCCAGUGCUGCUGUAGCUUAUAUGAAUGGAGCAGCAGAGAUUAUGCAGACACACUAGCAGGAGUGCUGUGUGAACUCCUCUGGUGUAUCUGUGCAGCCCUUACCUUCUAUAGUUCUACCCUGUUAAGUUAAGCUGCAGCAACAUUGGUUUGGGGAAAACCACUCUAGGCUUCACCACACCAGCUGCUGCUUUUUGAGCAAGGACAGUGCAUGUGCAAAGCUGUUGAAAACUUGCCAUCAUCUUGCCUUAAGUGACUACCAAAUAUCUCUUCACUUUUUCUCUUAACUAAUCUUUUGUGAUGAAGGCUCUGGGUCAUAUUAAGUAUAAAAACAAAUCAGUGAGAAAUGGAAAUGGGACUGUCCAACAAUAUUGUUUUAAAUAAAUGGUUAUAAUUUUCUACUUACUGUGGAAUCCCAAAUUGUUGGUUUUUAGAAGUGUUGGGCUAAUUUUUCAUUCACUUUCUAUUCCUGUUUCAGCAGCAUAAUUUCUCUCUUACAGUCCCGUUUUGAUAAAGUGUUUAAUAUUUACAUUAAAUCUAUUCUUUAAAAAUGGGAUGGAAAGAGAUCUGGACAAUACUCCUUAAAACUAUGUACCAUAUUCAUUUUGAUAAAUGUUCAGACAGCCUCUACUGUAUAUAAAUCUUAUAAACUAGGUGCUUUGCUUCUGUUAAUCCAACUACUGAACCAAGCCUUUAACUUGUGAUCUCUCUGUGUGAGUACAGCCCCUGAUACAAGGUGUUGUUUCGUGUAAGUUCAAUGCUUUUUAUACUAGGAAAAAUUGUAGUGAUUUUAGUGUUACCCUGUUUUUAUGUUUAAGAAAUACUAUAAAUGAGAGUAGGUAUAAAAUAAAGCAAGAUUUGAAAUAUGAACAUUGCCUCCCAAAAGCCCAUAGAAAAUGAUGUCUGGAAAGAAUGUUUUUUUCCAGCAUACUUUAAGUAAUGCCAGGAAAGAGGGGAAAACAUUAAAUCAGUCCCCCAAGGUGCUGUAUUUAAUUUUAGAAGAGGCAUACGAUGCCUCCAAAGAUCAUGCAGUAGCAGUGACUUAAAAUAUGAGAACGAAGGAUAUAAUCAUCACAUUGAUAGAUUACUAAGUAGCUUUACAGAAUAUGCUUGAAUGGAAAUUAUUUUGGAAAGCUGUUCUUGUGAUGCAACAGCCCUUGGUCUGAUCAUAAACAUUUUUACUCAGAAAAGUUCAGUGAAGCUUACUUCCUAGGAAGUCUAGUCAGGAUUGCAGCAAUAGAAUAAAAAUCAUAGUAGUGUCAUACUGUGGUGGGUUAGCCAGGAGGUUAUCAGUGUUUUCAAAGACUAUGGCAGGGAGAGACUUGUGUCGUCUUACCCCCCCCCCCCCAAAAAAAAAUCCCACUGGAAAAACUAAACAUAUGCUAUGGAUUGAUACCUGAUCAUGCUAGGUUACCUCCUCUGGGAAGGCUGCUGCAAGUCAUGUUGCUAUGUUUCUUGGACAGCAGCAUGAUGGAUGGUUUUAUGCUGUAUGCUACUGUGAAAACACUGUGCUACUGUCUGCCCCUGGGAAAUUGCUCUGAGAUGUGCCACAAAUAACUGGGAGCAGCCAUUGCUUUAAUCCCCGUGGAGAAGCCUGGAUAAAUCCUAUGCAUGCACUCUCUCUUUAACAAAAUAUAACUUAAUCGUACAAGGAUUUUGCUCAAAGAAUUGACUCCUGAAUAGCUAGCAAAGAAGUAUUCAUUUUUGUGCAUCUAUUACACCCAAGAUCUUUUUUUAAAAAAAGCAAUGUAUUGGUGAGAAGUAUUUAGAGAAACCACAAACUCUUUUUAAUGGACCACCCUAUCCAUUUUCUGUUCUUAUAAGGAUGUUUUUCCUAUUCAUGACUCAUUUCACUCUAACAUCAAGGGAAAUGGAAUAACGAUUAAGCAAAGGAAUGCAUGUGUUUCUGGGUUUUGUCCCUUUCCAAAAAGCUUUAUGAAUUCUUGGUACAGUGUUAAGUAAAUAUAUUGCUAUAGAAGCUUUAGCAACUGUUAAUAAAGUAAAAAGUACCCUGUUAGUAACUACUUUUUAAACCAAACUUCUGUUUCUGGUUCAUUAAUGUUUUGCUGGCUACUUCCAAUCCCACUGCUUGCUUAAUAUAAAAUGGUGUAGGCUGCAAGGUACACAGGAGGGUUAAGUGAAAUUAAUGAGAUCACCCUUAGCUUUCACUUUGUGUUUUAUUUUCACUUUAUAGGUUUGUAUGAGCUGCUGGCUUCAUUGCCAGCCCAGCUGCAGCCACAUGUGGACAGCCAGGAAGACCUGACCUUCCUCUGGGAUAUGUUUGGUGAAAAAAGCCUUCAUUCACUGGUAAAGGUAAACCACACUUAAAUGUUCAUUCUUUUGUAGAAGCGCUUAUGGAAAAACAUUUUGAGCAGCCUCUAGUAAACCAGGAAUCAAACUGUUUCUUUGUGAAAACAAAACAGCCUUGUUUCAACUCAGUGCUUCUGUGAGGGGUGGAAGUUGUUAAAAGGAUUCUACCCAAAAUACAGAGAUGAUUUCAUUUAAUAGUGAUGUUUUGGCAGUAUACACUAAUGUAACAAACAUAUGAUGUUUGCCCUUGUUUAGAAUGAGGUAGCACGAAAUAGUAGCAGGAAAUCUGAGACUCCUUCAUGGUCAACAUUCAAGGCCUGGAGUUUAGCUUAAACAAACAAAUGUUCACAGCAAAAAUUAGACGGGAUAUAUUUUUGAGGUAAAAGAUGGCAACAGUUCAGUAGCCACAUUAAUUUAAAAUAAUUUCCUUUAACAAAGUCAACUGAAAUUCUAGUAAGACUCUUUAAUUGGCUUGCAUCCAUUGAAAAUUGUGUUCAGCAUAUAAAUAUAUUCAAGUAGAUCAUGAUAAAAUAAACUUGGUAGAGUAAUUCAUGGAUGUGUCCAGAGAAAAAUGGUAAAUAUUCAUGUAUAUAGUACUUUCUAAUUUACAAAAUACUUUACAGUUUUAAUGUCCAUCAUUGCAAUCAUGCCACUAGUGUUACGAUUUCACAGAGAGCUAACAUUAAAAGCCACUUGCAAAAGGCAAGUCCUAUAAUUUGAACUUGUAAUACAUUGUUGGCUGGGCCUCUGGGUAGGAGAGGAGAGACUGUAUGGGAAAGUGGGAAGUACACUGGCUUCCCAUUCCAGGAAUAAAAGGUUCCUUUCCCAGAGGAAAGGAAAAGGCUUUUAUUGAACUCUGUUGCAGUCCCUUAACACAUUUGUGGCUGCAUUCCCGCCAAAAGAAAUGUGCCCAUAAUCAUUUGCAACAUCACAAAAAUAGGGUGUACUUGGCUUCUGAAUCACUACUUGGGUUUUUAGCCUUUGGGUUAUUUUACAUAUGUAGCUGCUUCUCCAAGUUAUGGAGAUGUCUAGGAGCAUUUCCCUACAACUUCUCCUGGUUGGAUGACUCAACCCUAUUUUCAUCACUUGGAGUGGGGGUAGCCAACAUGGAGCUUUCCAGGUAUUGUUGGACUCCAGCUUCUAUCUCCCCUGCUCAGCAAGGCCAAUAGUCAAGGGUAAUGAGAGCUGUAGUCUAUCAAUGUUAAAGGGAGCACCAGGCUGGCUAUCCCAGACCUAAGGCUAGACUGGGAAUGGGGAACUUGUGGCCCUCAGUAUGUUAGAAUUUAAUUACAUUUGGAGGGCCACAGAAUCUCCCAACUAGACAGAUAUAAUACAAUAUAUAAUAUGUAGAUAGCAUAUGAGGCUUACCUGGAAGAUAAUUGAAAACCUUAGCUUAUACAAACUUCAGUGGUUGCUUGCUUUGAUUGGAGCAUCAUGCUGAGAGUCCAUGGAUUUGUCUAAUCCUUUUAAAAAUCCUCCUUUGCACCAAACUAGAUGACAUAAAAUGACUAGUUGCAAAUGUAAGAUUUGGGGGAAUGAUUUCUUUAAGGACCACAGGAAGGUAGGAGAGAUUAAACUCCCUGCUCACUGCCUCCCCUGAUCCCAAUAAUAUCAGACAUCUUCCCAUGGCUGCUAUUUACAUUUAAAACAGGUGCAUUAAAUGCAAAGGUGUAGUUAGCAUCUUUGUAUUUGCAUGUCUAGAUUGACUCUAAUCCCAGGAUAUAACCCAAUGCCAGUUGAGAAAAUAGAUGGAAUUGAAAAUCCUGAACAGCCAAAAUGGUGUGUUUUCUUUCAACCAGUGUUAUAUCUUCUGAAAAUUUUUUUAUAUAUAGAUGUUGUUUAGUUUGGUCUUUUACCUUUAUUUAUGCAAGUUAUGUUACAUACACUGAACACAAUGUAGUACCUUUUUAUCUUAGAUUGUGCUACAGUUCCUGCGUUAAUUUAACUCUAAGCCAGGGGGCAUCCAUGCAUCUUGGGGCGGCUAAUUCCUUUAAUUAUGCAACUUGGUUUUGUCUGUUCUGAAUCUAUUGCUAUUAACUUCAUUGGGAGAUAUAUAGUUUUCUAAACUAAAAAGCCUUAAACUUUGACCUUUCCUCGUGGGAAAGUUAUUCCAAUCUUUUGAUAAUUUUGGCUGCCCUUUUCCAGCUCUUUCAUUGUUCUUUUUGAGAUGAAGCAAUCAGAAUUAUAGAUAUCAUUCCAGAUAGAGCCAUUAUGGUUUCAGUUGCUUUCCUAGUUACUUCUGGCAUAAAACUAGAUUAUUAUUAUUUUAUAAAUAAAAAUCCUACAGUUAAAGUUCUCUACUGUGAUGACAGGGCCUCUGUCCUGGUUAGUCACUGCUAGUUCUUCCAUCAUUUUAUAUGUGAAGUUGGGAUUUAUUUAUUUAUUGCUCCAAUAUGCAACUUAGACAUUGGGUAACAAAUUAGUAAGUAAGGUUGAGUCACCUAAUUUUUAGGCAUCUGGUUGGGGAUCUUCACAGUCUGUUUGGGAUUUCACCACCUUACAUAAUUGGGUGUUAUCCUCAAAUCUGGCCACCUUGCUGCUCUCUCUGUUUUGAAGUCCAUAUAACAAAUAACUGAAUAACUUACAACAUUUUAUUAAUAAACAUCUGACAAGACCACCAGCAUUUUCUCUUUUAUCUGCUAUUUAUCAUUUUUCUAUCCUAACAUAACAUAAAAUAAAAUGUAACAACAGCUAAAGCUGGCCAUUUUGAGUGAUAAAGAAAAGUAGGAGAGAAUAUUUGUAUUAAUUAGCAAGAAAAUAUCAAUCUAAAGUGAUUUUAUAACAUAUUUGGCCAGCAGGACUAUGCAAAUCAGAGGGACGUGUGACAUACUUUCUGGUGAUUCCCCGGAAUCCAUCAGUGGCAGAAAUGUUAAAAAUCUAGAAAAAUAUUUUUGGAUCGGCUGUAGCUUUAGCCAACUCCCAAGUUGCUGCUGGGAGAGUUCCAAAGAGAAGAGGCAAUGCAGCCAAAAAGAAAUAGGAAUGGAGAAUGCUUCAUCCUUUAAGGAGAAAUGAUUUUUCAGAAGGGUAAUAUGCACAUUUUUCAAUAGACAGCUACUGAUAAUAUAGAAAUCCCAGUUCUUUGAUCGUGGCUCGCUUUUCUUCUCUUAGAUAUUGUAAACAUGGGUUCAUCUGAAGGCUAAGCAAAGUCCAACCUUUAUAUCAUUAAUACUUGACAGUGAAUAUGGGCAUUGAAAAACUUACUUCUGUGAUUCCUCUGAGAACAAAAAGAUAAAAGAUGACUUUAAAAAAAAGUUUAUUUUGUUCUUGGAUGGGGCUGCCAGUGGUUGCCCAUUCAAGGGAUGGAUCAGAUUAAUUAAUACUUGCUUAGCUUCUUCAGUGCUGCAGCAUCAAGCAUUUCUGUGACCUCCAAUUUGAAUAGAACACUUCCUACUUCCAAAAAUAUACAUUCAUUUGCUCUCUGGUUGUUGCCUUCAAAGAAUUAGAUUGUAACCCUGGAAAGAUACUUAUACAGUCAUACCUUGAUGGACAACCGCCUUGUGAGUCAAACAUUUUGGCUCCCAAAUGCCGCAAACCUGAAAGUGAGUGUUCUGGUUUGCGACCAUUCUUUGGAACCCGAAUGUCCGGUGUGGCUUCUGAUUGGCUGCAGGAGCUUCCAACAGCCAAUCAGAAGCCGCACCUUGGUUUCCGAAUGUUUUGGAAGUCAAACUGACUUCUGGAACAGAUUCCAUUCAAGCUUCCAAGGUACGACUGUAUCGGGGAGUGAAACUACUGCUGACUUUAUGCGUGGGCAUAAGAAGAUACAGGAAAGUACAAGGACAAUUUAUUUAUUCAUUUACGACAUGUAUAACUUUAGCCAAAAAAGGCUGUCAGAGUAGCUUAUGUAUCUUUACAUAUCUAUAUCUAGUGCACCACACCAUCUUUAAGAUACAGACCUCUUCACUUGGUCUAUGUUUUGAGUUAUAAGUAUGUGGCUCUCAUGUUUAUGUUCUCUUAAUUUAUAGUUGACAUUCUUGUUAACAAAAUUUUCUUAACCACAAUGUUUUAAAAUAGCUACUACUUUGUGGAACAUGUUUGCUGUGCAGAUGGCACAGUGUCGUUAGAAGUUAUCUUCAAACAGAAAUCUAAUUCAGCUGCCAAUUGUGGCAUGAGGCUGCAAUCCUGUACCUAGUUUUCUGAGAAUAAGUAACAUUCAUAUCCAUGGAACUUACAUUUGAGUCAACUUUUGAUAUGUUUGCACUGUAUGUGUGGUGUCUGUUCUCUGUUUUAACAUCUAACAAGGGGCUGAAGAACUGGAAAUUGUAAAAUCUCUUUGGUGGAAUUCUGUAUUUUACAUGCACGUGUUUUUUAAUUGUUACGUUUUACACACACACCCCUUUCUGAAUGUGAUGCAAGAGGCACACCACCUUUUAUAUGGCCUUAUAUUAUUUGAGGAGUUGGCUAUGUCUGCCAUUGGUGUGUGCCAAAUUGCCAUUUAAGAAAAAAAAUCAUCCUGUUUCAAAUAGGAAUGUUUAAGCACAAAGUUGCUGGAUUGAAAAUUGUACAAAAAUUGUGCAUUGUUUUUGAAAGUGAGAUACUAGUUAAAAUAAUUGUAACUACUUUUAAGCUGUAGUAAACUACACACAGACAAACAGAGAGAGAGACAGAGAGAGAAUUUUCAACACACUUUUAGCAUUUGGAUUGUUUAAUUAAUUUGGAUUAAUGUUUAUAGUAUUGCACCUUUGUUCUCCAGUUAUGGCCACUUUACAAAACCAGUAGCUCUUGGUUUCACAGAUAAAGGUCGUUGCAGACAAGUAUAUAUCACCUUCUUCUCUCUCACACACAUAAUGCAUUGCAGCCAUAGGUUCACAUUUGCUCCUCAUCUUCUAAUGAUUGCUGCUAAUGACCAAACAUAAAUAGCAUUACUGAUGUGAAGCCAAUUGUAGAUUUCAUUGAAAUGGAGAUUGUAGAAGUAAUCUGCUGUAGCCUAGAAUAAAGGAUAACAUAAAGGGUGUGCUUCAGGCUGCUGUUGAAAGCACCUUUGUGUGCAAAUUUCAAGGUUAAAAAGUCAAAUAGAAUUCAUUUCUAGCUUUGAUGCUAUGUCAAUAAUAGUGUGUAUGGAAGGAAUCAGUGUACUCCAAGAGGGAAGAAGUCUUCAAGCAAAUUCAUUUUUUUUAAACUAAAAACAACAAAAAUAUGGUUUUACUAAAGAUCUCUUGAGGGACCUCGGGCUUUAAAGGAGACAAGGUUUAGUAAUGUUCUGUGUACAGUGCAUGUAUAAAAAUAGGUUUAUUGCUAAAGCGUCAUGUUCUCAUCUCAAAUGGAAGAGAUUAAUUCAGCUUUCGAAAUGUCCUGAAGAGUGUACAAGUUCUAAGAAACUUGAGCUUGAAGUGCGCAACAAAACCUCAUCCAAUUUUGGACAUUCUUUCUGCAGUAGCUGAGCAGGGAGUUUGGCUCAAAAAGGGGCAGGGAAAUUUAUCUUGGAGGAAGGGUGACUUGUUUGGCUUUAAAGUGAAUUUCCUCUACCCACUAAGGGGACCUCUUCCUAUAAGCAAAGUCAUCAAAACCUUUCCUUACUUACUGAACAAAAAAGUACACUUGAAUGAAGUCUCUGAAAUUUCAAAUAAUAGUUGCUUUAUUGUGUUGUGUGAGGAACAAAGAAGUCAAAGUAUAAAGUUGCUUUCAGAAAUAUCAAAAAAGGAAAGGAAAAGAAACUGUGCGAGCAGUAAGGGGGGUUUUAUAGCCCAUAUUUAAACUAUUCUGUUCAAAUGGGCAAAAGUAGAAUGCCUUUCUGCAUUAUAGUAAAGGUACCCCUGCCCUUACGGGCCAGUCUUGACAGACUCUAGGGUUGUGCGCUCAUCUCACUCUAAAGGCCGGGAGCCAGCGCUGUCCGCAGACACUUCCGGGUCACGUGGCCAGCGUGACAAGCUGCAUCUGGCGAGCCAGCGCAGCACACGGAAACGCCGUUUACCUUCCCGCUGGUAAGCGGUCCCUAUUUAUCUACUUGCACCCGGGGGUGCUUUUGAACUGCUAGGUUGGCAGGCGCUGGGACCGAGCGACGGGAGCGCACCCCGCCGCGGGGAUUCGAACCGCCAACCUUUCGAUCGGCAAGUCCUAGGCUCUAAGGCUUUAACCCACAGCGCCACCCGCGUCCCUUUGCAUUAUAGUACUUUCCUAUUAAUUUGGAUCUUGAAAUAUAUUCUUUUCUGGAUCUACUGUCAGUAAGUAAAGCAAAUAUAUAUUGAAGCAGAAGGCAGAAUCAAAUAGUAAUAAAACUAAAUAUGCAUUUUGCAUAUUGAAACAUGGUACAGUACUAAAGUUAAUAAUUCUUAGUUAAUGUUGAAAGUGAAAGGUUAGUACAAUUAUUUUACUGACCUUUUAACCGUGGCUAACUAGAAUUUCAAAGUCGUUUCAUACCCUAGCUUCAAAUCAAGAUUAAUAGUAAACCUUGGUUAGAAUUAACUGUGGUUAAGUUUUGUGCUACCAUAAGUUUUAAUUAUGGUACAGUCUGGUGAACAUUUGGAGGAAGUAGUGGGGAAGGAAGUCAGUGAUGCUACACCUCCUCACAGAUUCUUAACCCAGAGUCUGCAAACUUUGACUUGCUAAAUUACCAGGGAUUAUUUAUGACUCCUCCUUUUCUCCAAGUCCUGUGGCUUGAUGUCUGCUGCAAGUGGAGAGUUAUUUUUUCUGUCUUAAUGAUGGGUUUUUGUAGAUUGCAACACAGUGCAAGGAGUUCCAUCACCUGUCUGGAGCUGAGAUUAUUCAGAUUUCAAGAAUACAACAAGAACAAGGAUAUACUGAUCCAUAUCAGCAAUGUAUCUACAAAAGUGUAUAUGAACAGACAGGAAGGCAUGAGACCUGUGACUUCACUAAAAGGCAUACAAGGCUUUAAAUUGAGCAGGAAAAAAAAUGUUGUCAAAAUAUGUCAGUGGAGAGAGACAAGGUAGCUCACUAGUUGAGCAGACAAAUUCUGAAAGAUGCCAGUAGAUGUUUCACUUGAGGUUGUUGCUUUGGGGAUCCUGACUUACAUUUGCUUCAGGAAAAUGGCCCAUACUUUUCUUCUCAAUGUCUAGAUGUCUUUAGGCUGAGGAUGAAAAUUCUUAGCUAGCAACAAAAAGGAUUGAAAGUGCUGGUAUAUGCCUCCCCUCCUUCCAGCUGUUAUCUAGGGUUGUCCUGAAGAUAUUGGAGUAGCAAGUGGAAGAAGUCCUCAUGGUACCUGGUUAAUCCAGAAAGUUCAGAAUACCAGUUCAACAACCUUGAAAGCUACCAUUCCCUCCAGAGAAUUUGAUUCAAGCUUCAGUUGUGUUGCUUCUCUCUUUACAUUACUGCAGAAAUACAGCCCUUCCUUUGUUUCCUUGAUAAAAGUCUACUCCAUACUAGUUCAGGGAUUGCCAACCUGAUACUCACAGGUGUCAUGGUAUUUAAAAUCAAAUAAAACAUAGGCACACAUGUUCUAAGAAGAAUAAAAUCAGUGCAACAAACUAAAACAAUUAAACCAUCCAUACAGACUUUAAAGACAAUGAAAGAGUUUCAUCAGAUAUAAAAUUGAUCUUCCAUAGAAGACUUGAGUAAACCUCAAGAAAAAAUUUCCUUUAAAAAAUGUUUUCAGUAAGCACCGAAACAUAAUCACUCUAGGCACCUGUCUGAUUUCAGCUGGUUAUUGAUUCCAGAGAACUGGACCUGUAACACUAAGACCUUGUUUCUAGUACAGUGGAACGUCGGUUUUCGAGCGUCCCGGAAGCCAAACAAUUCGGAACCUGAAUGCCAAAAACCCAGAAAUAAUUACUUUCAUUUUCAAAUGUGCCUUGGAAGUCAAACGGCUUCUGCUGCAUAUUUUUCAAUGGAUUUUGCCAACCGCCCACUGAUCCACGGUUUUUUAACGUUUCAGAGGUCGAACGGUCUUCCAGAACAGAUUACGUUCAAAACCCGAGGUUCCAAUGUACGGAUUAAGUGCACUGUGUUUUUAAUAGAACAACUUGCCCCGUGUAGCUUUGAUGGUAUGGUUAAUGAAGACAUUUUUAUGUUUGCUUAUUUUGUAUAGCCAGGUAGUUGACAGUUUUAAAAUAUUGUGUUUUAUAUGUACCUGUCUGUUGUGUUUUGUUUUAUUAUACUAUUGUAAACAAAAAUGCAAACAGAACAAAGUGCUAAUUCCACCACUUCAGUCAAGGGAUGGCAAUAAACAAUUACAUAAGAUGCCAAGAUCUGAAGUGUUGAUACAUCACAAGUACUUUUUAUUCUCAUUUGUUUAUCAGAAUGUAAUUUUUAUUAAUUAUCUUUAGAAUUUUCUACAGAGAUAUUUUAUGCAUAUAGUUUUGACUCUAUGUUUAUUGAAAAUGAAUAAAUGUGAAUUAUUUUUUAUUUCUUUUAAAUCGCAAGUCCUUAAGUAUAAAGUGCUGGUGUAAAAUAUAUAGAAGGCAACAAUGGGAAGAUGGAAGUGCUGAGUGCUACUAUAACUAUAAUCCAGCAAUGGUAUAUCUGUUGUCCCCACUGGUGGCAGCCAGCUGAAUAUAUUAAGGAUGAAAUCUUAUACAUAUAUACCUGAGAUUAGGCUCCAUUGAAAACAGUAGGACUUGCUUAUGAGUAAACAUGCAUAGGAUUGCACUCUUAAGAUUGUCUUUAUGAUAAGGAAAAAAAUUGGGGUUAUACAAUGAAAUUUUGCUUCAGACAGGUAAAGGGAGUACUGUUUCAUACAAUCAAUAAUGAAUUAAUAGAUAUUGUUGCCUUAAGGUGUGGUGAUGGCUACAUUUUUGAGUUGGCUUAAAAACGGAUUGGGGCAUAUGGAUUGAAAGAAAAGACGUAAAUGAUAAGGAAGGAAAUAUGUGAGAAAUAUAAGUCCAGAAGACCUAAAAGAGGGAAAGGAAUAGCAAAUGUUUAACUUUUCUGUGGGUUUGUCUACAUACUCAACAUUUUUUCCAUCUGACUUCAUACUCUCAGUGCUUCACUAGAAGCUGAUGAUGAAUUAUAUCUACAUGUUCACUGCUAAAUGCUUCCGUAAGUUUGUUUCUUUGCAAAUGUUUAACUUGCCAACUUAUGUUGUCAGACUCUACUUCUACUGCUAAGUAAACUGCUUUCUUCCAUUAUCUCCUAGAUCCAUGAAAAACUGCAUUACUAUGAAAAACAGAGCCCUGUGCCCAUGUUGCAUGGCGCAUCAGCCUUGGCAGAUGAUGUAAGUGUCCCUGAUGAGACCAUUGGCACCAUAUUUCCCCAAACUGUCUGAAAGCAGAGUAUAGAAUCAGUAUAUGAAUGGGACCGUGUGAGCUGGGUGUGCAAAGGUUUCCAGCGAUUUGUCAUCACAGGAUUGCUAAUGUUGUUUUGAUUUUUAUUAGACAUGUUUCUUUUAUAAUAACACAGCAUCUAGAUAGACUCUUGUUCAGCCUUGGUACCACAAAAGAAAAAUGGUAGGUUAGAAGUCUACAGUGAAGGUGAAGCUGUUAGCUUCUGGUGUGUUAUGAGAGUCAUAGUAAAGAGGAAUGUUUUCUAAAAAUAAAGAUAAAUGAUAUAGCUGAAGUGCUGACAGAAUAAGAAAAAUGACUGAUAAUACUAAAAGAAAUGAGGCUUAUGAAAGAUAUAGGAAGGGGUUGUCAGAAAAUAGCUGUUUAAAAAAGAAGCAGAGAUUUAUAUAUAUUAAAGCUUUCCAAAUUACUUUCAUAACUAAAAACUAAAAUCUAGACGGGUUGGCAUUGAUAGAGUAUUUAAUUUCCUGCUACUAUAAUUUUUAUUAAUAAAAAUCAAGCCUGCCUUUUCUGCAUUAUAUGGUGAAUUCUACAACCCUGAUGAAUUGUGUGCACACCUGUAUAAACUAUGACAGAGCUUGAGGUAGGCAGAAUAAAAAGUAAGUUAAACUGAUUUAAGUGAAACUCAUGCAUGCUUGACACAGUGGGAGCACACUCAAGGGCAAUAUUUGGUACAGUACAGUUUUUCUGUAAACAAUCGAUAGAGAAUUCAUUGAUGGUCUGUGUGGUUGCCCAUUGUAAUUUCUUGUAGGUAACGGCACUCAUACACAGAAUCUAUUCAGGCCAGUAGAGAUAUAAACACAAUUUUGCAGAUUCACUUUCACUGUUGCUGGAUGUUCCAUCAUUGUGAGGUGUUGCAAAAUUCAGAACAAGAAUGUUUCAGACUGAGAGACUCUCUCCCGAGAACUUAAAAUGUACCCCAUAAUUUGUCCUUGUUUCCUUUAUUCAAAAUCACGGAUGGAGAACCUGUAGACUUCAAGAUGAUUUUAGAAUCCAACUCCCAUCACCCCCAGCCAGCAUGACUAGUGGUCAGGAAUGAAGGGAAUCAUAGCCCAGCAACAUCUGGAGGGUUAGAUUCCCCAUCUCUGUUCUAAUCCUCUAGCAGGCAUAACAUGUUAAGCCUAAAACUAAUUUUCAGAUGAGUUGAGUAAUCCUGGCAUUUGAUUAACCUCUUGUAUUUUCAGGGUAGUGUUUUGUGAUAUAGCCCAUAUAUGAUUGGGUUUCUUAUUGAAGGUGAUAUUUCAGCCUUUAGAAUGCGUUUAUAUCUGGGAACCUAAUACAAGCCAUGUUCCUGUGAUUAACUUGUCUGACAUUUAACAAGCUACUUGUCCUGUGCAUGUAAACAUGAUAAAGUUGAAAAUACUAGCACUAUAUGGGCACUCUGCUUCCCUAUCCCAGCCCUAAACAGAAUAGCUACUGUGGCGAUUUGGAAGCAGUGUGGAUUUCUCCACUUCAUUCAGAAGCUGUUUUUUAUAGACAGUGUCAAUGUUAGAUCCAGUCAUUUUUACAAGCAGCCCUUUGUCUGCACGCAAAGGACCAUUCACUCAGAUCAAGUGCAGGGAUUUGCCCUCAUUGCUAUAAAUCAGAAUGUGAUCUGGGUGUGCUGGUGCCAGAUAUGAUUACUUUAGUCAAACUCAGUUGAAAGACCUGGCCAGAAUUUAGCAUAAGGGCCAGAAAAUGAAGAGUAAUGAUUGAUAGUCUGUUUUUCUUCAUGCUGAACACACUGGAAAGUAAUAACCUUGAACAGGAUUGAUUCCUGGUUGUCACUGACACGCUGAGUAAAACAAUGCUCUUGCUAAUGUUCUUUGUGUCACUUCAAUCCCCUUUGCAGCUGGCUGAAGAGCUGCAGAGCAAACCACUAAACAGUGAGAUCAGAGAAUUGUUGAAACUACUGUCAAAACCCAAUCUCAAGGUGAGGAUGUGUUGCUUGCACCUGUUGAAAUGAACACAUGGUUGCUUCGCUCAGCUUUCAAAGUCUGCUAAGGAUUUUGCUGUAUAUUUAUUGAGUCCAUGUGGAUAUGCAAAACUGCAGGAUUUCCUUAAGUGGUUUAAAAAGGGCUCUAUCACACAUUAUGGUUAGUUAUUGAUAUUUGCAAAACACUUGUAGUAUAUGAGUGCAAUUGGAUAUUUUGGUGGAAAAAAAUGAAGUCUGUGUUGCUUCAUCAGCAGAUAAUCAUACCUUGCAUCUAAGCAGGCCUUCGGGGAGUGCUAAGUCGAAGCAACUUCACAUUUUUUGUUGCAUGACAAAUAUGCCAAUAAGAAAUAACCUGACAAAUAAAACUUUUAUUAUGAGUAUUUUGCUUGUUACUAUUGUCUUAAAGAUGCAGGUAGCAGCAGACUACAUAGUUACAGGUAGCCCCCACUUGCUUGUAUUUUUGUGUCUAAUUCCAUUAAGACACAUUUUGCACUUCUUCUUGUCCCUUGUUACUCUCUGUUCUGCUUUUUUUUCUGUAGGAGUGCAGAAACAAGGAGUGCUGGCAGACCACUGUGGCACUCUUGGGAGAGAAAGUAACAUGGCAUAAACAGUUGUACAGAUCUAACACUGCCUGAAUAUGAAGGCAAGACAUGCUGCAUAUAAUACCUUAAGGCAGUCUCUCUUCCAAACAGUUUUCUAUCGUAAUGUACACACACACAAAAACCCCAACAACUGGGGAAACAGCCAAGUUCUUCCAUUCAAUAAAUUUAUACUGAUUAAAGAUAUACCUCUGUUAAAUUUCAGUGUAAAUUGUGCCAAGUUUAAUUUUGUUUUAAAGCAAAUUCCUUCUCAGUUACCACUCUGAAUAGAUUUAAUGAACAUUUUAAUAAAGCACCAAAGCUACUUUGCAUAUCAAAUUCCAUAUAUUCCUCAAAGGACUGUGUGCUGAUAUUACUUGCACCUGCCAUUUCUAAGAAUGGGGCAGCUUUUACAACCACUGCAGUCACAGAGAUAGCUGCUGCAGGCUGUAUCCCAGUAGAAGCUGGUUUACACAGAAGCCAUUCCAUACAAUCCUGUGCGUGCUUCCAUUGAAAGAAAAUGCAGUUGUUUUGCAUGUAUGAGGCAGCCAGAAGCUGAUCUGAGUCUCCUCCUUUAAGAAUUGUCACAAUAGGGUCAGCAGAGACACACAGAGGUGUAGUUGGCAGCUACUGCACAGUGUAGAACUCUUUGUUGCCUGGAGCCAGACAGUAGGUAGAAAUAGAGAGGGUGCAGUUCUAUUGCCUCUCUAAAUGCAAUUAUUUAUCCUGAAAUCACUUGCUAGGAGUUGCAGAUAAACAUAUUUCCAAAGGCCCUUUAUCCUCUUGCAACUCACCUCCCUGGGAAAUUUAUCUAAACUAAUUGCCUGAAUAUCUUAAACAGUGUUUGGGGUGGAAGCAAGUUAAUUGGGCAAAUUGUUGGGAAAUGUAUUGGGGGAGUAUUUGUGUGUCCCCUAAGUCAAACCUGGGUAAUCAGUAUGAACUGGGAUUAAAAUUCCAAAUAAACCAUACCUUCACAGAACAACAUCUAAGCCAAAGAAUCUAGUGGAUUUCAAAAUACAUGCCAUCCUUUGCUGGAUGAGCUUCAUGGUUAAUUACAAGUUUUUGCUCCAAGCCAGGAAAAUACUAUUACACUAUUGGCUUGUCUCCCCCUCAGUAGUUUAUUUUUGGCUUCAGUGGAUUCAUAAGAAACUUUGGGUAGAUUAUUAUAAGCAUUAAUUACAGGCCAAAGCAGAAUGUUCCAUGACAUAUUUGUUAAUCAUACCCUUAUUUGAAACAAAGAUAUUACACUUUCAUAGGAAGCAACUAAAAUAGAAACAUUAUUCGUGUAAAAUACACUUUGGCUGUACUGCUUAAUACCAAAGAAGCCUAUGGCCCUGAUGCAGUAGUUGGCAAGGAUAGAAGUGAUCACAGUUUAACCUGCUGCAAAACCAAUUAUUUGUGGUUGCUGAGCUCAUACGCAAAGUCUAUUGAAAUGCUUGUGGAUUUCUGGAUCUGGAUGUUAAUGAGGCUGGUGCAUACCUGCCUGGAGGUUGUCACGAGUGUCGAUAAAGUGGAAGUUGCAUUGGUCUUCCCAGGAUCAGUGGUCUGCUAGUGGGAGAACUGCUCCUGCCUUUGAUUAGCUUUGCACUUCAGCUCCUUAAGUGUUCUACCAUUAUAUAUAAAAAGAUGUUGCAUGAAAUGACGUACACUGUUUUGACCUGUCUCAGUUUGGUAUAUGAAUUGCCUUUUGUGGAGUAAAACAUAAGCUUCUUAUGUCAUAUUUAUUUAUACAUAAAUAACUGGGUACUCAUGGCAUGUCAGGUUGCUAUGAGUGAAUUUGAAAAUCUGUGCACAUAAAUCAAGCAACAGAUCUGUCUCUUUGAAAACUGUAAAGCCAGAAAACAACAAAUCAAAUAUCUAUCUCAGAUCACUCAGGAAGGAAAAAGAAAAUGACAUAAUUUUCCUCUUGGAUGUUUUAUUUUAAGAAAUUAACCGUGAACUAUGUACAGAUCAUUUAGAUGGAGCAGCAAAAAUGAUGUUCCCUUUAUUGCAACAUUUAUAUCUGUUACAGAUUCAGGUGUCCUUUUUAUUUUAUAUAAUAUCAUAAUUGCAGAUACAAUUUGCAUACAACCAGAGCAAAACAACUACAAGUAACCAAAAUGCUCGUUUUCUCCUCAAAGCAAUUUACAAGCCUGCAGAAAUUGUCUGACUACAGAUCAUGGCAGCAUAUAUGUCUGCUUCAGCUGUGAAUGGCUCUAUAAUGUUAUUGUUUAGGGUUUUGUUUUGUUUUGUUUUGUUUUGUUUUGUUUUGUUUUGUUUUAUAAAAAGUAACUUGAUAAUUAAAGGACAGAGGAUUUUAUCAUUGCCCCAUUAGCACAAGGGCCUCUAGCUGUUCAACAGGGCUGCUCCCCUUCCCCCUUCAAAUCUUCUCUGGAGGAUUGGGAGAACCCUCAGAACAGCUUGGGGUGGGGGAGAAGAGAGAAAGAGAGGAAGUCUUACUGCACAGACAGAGGUCCUUGUGCUUCGGGGAUAAUUUCAUUGGAAACUACCCAAAGCACCUGAUGAUUGAAAAACUCAUUUUUAUUCUUCUGAAAGAAUGGAAAACUGAAUUAGUAAAAUGGUGGCAAGAGGUGCAGUCGGGAGGAAUUUUAAACAGAUGGCGUGAAGUGUGAACUUUAAGAAUAGCUAGACAGUCCAAAGUAUCUCCUUAGGUUACUAGCCCUGAGCAGGAGGAAGCAGGAGUGUAAGAAGGCAAAAAGUCACUACUUUUGUGUUGACCAUCUCUGUAUGACUAACAGUUCUGACUGGUGGAUGUAAAACGUUCAAAAUAUUUUCAGGAUGGGAAAUCGCCUUUUUUUUGUUACAGGAAGUUACAUGCAACAAUAAAACUGAAAUAGUUAAGGGAGAAAAUAGCCUAAUAUGAUUUCAAAUAAUAUAUAUACAAAUAUAAAUAUGCAGCUGAGUUACACUAGUGGCAUUUUAAUACCCCUAAUCAGUAUUCUUUUGACAGUAUCAGGAGCAAGUAAUAGCAUUGGAGUGGAGUUACUAUGAUCAUCCCCACUUUGUAAACUUCUGAAUUAGAAUUAGGAACAGGCAUUUUAAAUGUUUCAGAGAUUUGUAGAGUUUGGAAGGGACAAUAAGGGUCUUCUAGUCCAACCCCCUGCAGUGCUGGAAUCCUUUGCCCAAAAGUGGGGCUUGAACCUAUUACCAUGAGAUUAAGAGUCUCAUGCUCUACCAACUGCAUUAUUCUUCUUUACAGAACUAUGCAUUGUGAAAUGAUAAAUGAUCAGUGCUUUAAUCUGAAAAAUAUUGUACCACAUCUAGACAUGGCAAGGUUUCUCAGUACUCAUCUCCAGCUAGAUCAUGUCUAAGAAUUUAGUUGAACAUCAAUAUUUAUAUUUAGGUAGUAUAGGAAUUUGAAUCAUACCUCCUUUAAAGUUCUAAAUAUGGAACAUGUUUAUAUUAAUGAAUCAUACACAUAGAAUUGUAGCUAAAACAAAAUAACUUUUCCAGAGCUGCCUGUGUGAAUAUGAUCUUACUUUUAGAUUGUGAAACUGGAAAUGUAGAAGAUUUUCCAAUAGCAUCCUCUGAUGUAAAGACAAGUUGUAAGGUACACACAGUCUUUGUUCAUGGAAAGAAAAUGAAAAGAUUAAAGACUUCAGCUUGCAUGGGAUAACUUCCUCUUUAUUCAUGCCUAAGGAAUUUACAAUUGUAUUAUAGUUUUGCCAACUUUAAUAAAAGGUGUCCUCCAAACCAAAUGAAGGACAAGAUGUAACAAAUAUUCUUUUGCUCUCUCCCUGCUAUGUUCAAACAGUUUCAGGGUGUGUUUCCACUUUCUUUUCAAAUUGGUGUAGCUUACUCCAGUAGUAACUUAAGCAGACAAGUACUUCACUACUGUACUGUUCACACUUCCAGUUAAGAAAGAAAGUACUGUCCAUAGGUUGAGACAAGAACGUAGCACCAGACAAAUGGUCAGAUGUGAGCCCUGCAGUAGUAAUAGCAAAACUGCAUAAGUGGUAAACUUCCAUUUUAUCAAGGUCCAAUUGUGAAUUGGGGUUUUUUUAUAUGAUUUUUUUUCAGGCUUUGCUUUCUGUGCAUGAUACUGUUGCCCAAAAGAACUACGACCCAGUGCUACCUCCCAUGCCUGAUGAUAUUGAUGAUGAUGAAGACUCUGUGAAAAUAAUCAGGCUAGUGAAAAAUAGAGAACCGCUGGUAAGUUUUUUUUUUAAAAAAAAACCCCCAAUAACAAUAAAAUCAUACCUGACACUCAAAAAUAUGAGCCGGUGUCAUUGCACAGUUGUGCACAAAUUAUACACUAAUAAGGGGGACUUUGAAAUAACAUUUCUGCAUGUUGGAGGAAAGGCUAUGAGUGUCUCUUGGAAUGGGGUAGGAAAUGUAGGAAAUUGAUGAGGUGCUAAUAAAUAUGAGUGGUGCACAAAAUUUGUGCUCCAUAAUGACCAGCAACCUUUUCAUUGACACUGAGCUGAACAGACAUAUUGGUAAGGCAGCUAUGGGUUGCCUCUCCAGAAGGGUGUGGGAAAAUGUAAUGCAAUGGCUAAUACCAAGAUUAAGAUUGACCAUGCUUACAUAUUAAGCAUGCUGCUUUAUCGAAGUGAGUUGUGGUCAACUUAUACCCUUCCAGGAGCAAUGCCUCAACACUUUCCAAAUACGCUGCAUCAGGAUGAUUUUGGACAUCACAUAGCAGGACAGAAUCUCAAACAAAGAUGUACUCUUCCAGGCCCCAAUUCCCAUUAUGUUCACACUUCUGUCUCAGUGAUAUCAACCCUGGCUUGGUCAUGACCACAGAAUGGAAGAUGGCAGGCUCCCAAGGAUGUGCUUUAUGGGGAGCUGGCUUCAGGCACCAGGUCCAUUGGCAGAUCAGCUCUGCCAUAUAAAGAUGUCUGCAAAUGUGACAUGAAGGCGGGCAAUUUUGUGUGGGAAUCCCUUGCAGACAACUGCAGUGCCUGGAGACAGGCAGUCAGGUUGUGUAUGCACAGCAGUGACCAGAGGAACAAUGACCACCAGGCAGUAGAAAUUAUUGCGGUUCAGAGAUAUAUUACAGCAGCUAGGGGAAAGCACUUCAGCAAGGCUGGUUAGAUAUAUGGUCUGGGGAGAGAGGUGUGACCUGGUAAGAGUUCAGAAGGAUAUAUAGGGAGGCCUGGAGGGCUGCAUUUGGUCUCUGAGCCUGAUAUUCCCCACCCCUGGCUUACUGGCUCUCUGGGCUGAUAGGAGAUCUGAUUAGAUUUAGAUUACAAAGUUCAGUUUCCAUUUCAACCCAUCUCUGUUGCCACAAAUCACUGCAGAGAAAGCUUGGUGGUGGUAAUUUGUAGUGUGAAUGAAAGUAGUAACUCAUUCCUGCAGGCUUCCACACCAGCCAUCUCCUACAUAUGUCUUUGUUCAUGCUGCUGCACUUGUCUUGUACCUGUUUUAUAAUUGUAAAAACAGUUACCGUAAUGUAAGAAAUAUUCCACUUUUUAAAAACACUGAAUCCUUCACCAUGUGUUUUCCAAAACAGUACUGAAAUGUAGAAUGGUUUUCAGGUCACUUAAUUUUGCUUGGUGAAACUAUCCAAGAUUCCCCAAGACUCCUUAGUCCAAAUAGUAAUUACUGUGUUCUAAAGUGGGAUGCUCUUUUAAGCACAGAUAAUGUGGGAGAUGUGGAAAACUCCUCUGAAUGUAGUCUUUUAAAACAAAAACAAAAUCUGGCCUCUUCCACUCUUCUAUAUGUAGUGUUACUGUUUUGAUUGUUCAGUACUCGAACACCUCACAAAUACUUUAACACCCAGGGAAUAGAGGGGUCCUGAUAACUUCAUUUGUAAAGACAGGAAUCUCAAAUAUAGUUACCUUCCUCGAGUUACUGAAAGGUUGCUGGUAGAAAACUGUUCAGUGUAGCCCAGCAUUAAAUCAUAAUAAUGUUUCAAUUUAUUUUUAAAGGGAGCUACUAUUAAAAGGGAUGAACAGACUGGAGCUGUUGUUGUGGCUCGAAUAAUGCGUGGAGGUGCUGCAGAUAGAAGUGGUAAGAAUGUUUAAAAGUGUGAUUGCUGGGAUGUGAUGGCCAGCCUAGUGCUUCAAAUGAAUGCUAAAUUGCUUGGUAAAAGUAGGUAAUUGCAUCCAGAAACCCUUUUGUGGUUUCUGCCAUGUAUAUUAUUUUAGAUUAUUGUGAUAGGAUCUCUGAUAGGAUUUUGGUAUUAUGGAUGCAAUUUAGCAGUUUGAAAAUUAUCUCAUUAGUGAAAUACAUUUAGAAACUCAGCAAGAAGGAAGGUAUCAAAUCAGCCUCUCUGUACCGCAGUUUCACAGUUGAGCACUUCUGUGCACUAAGCAUUUAUAUUCUCUCCUGUAACAAAGAUUCUCUGGGCAGAAAGAUUAAAAACAAUCACAUUACAAUAAAACUAUAGUAAUAUUAAAAUAAACAACUACAAACACAAUUCUCUUUUGCCUUCCCAAAGAGAGAGAGACAGAAAGACUUUGCUAUAAAAUUGCAUUUGGGUAGAAGAGAAGUAGAAAUCUGUUGUGCUUUGCGGAGUAGGAAUGACCAUGACUUGAAACAACGUUAGAUAUGCACAAUUGUAUUGAACUUAAAAAUGGUUAUUCAAUAAAUAUGCUCCACAGGUCUCAUUCAUGUUGGCGAUGAACUUAAGGAAGUUAAUGGAAUUCCUGUAGAUGAUAAAAAACCAGAAGAAAUUAUACAAAUUCUGGUAGGUUACAAAUGGAAUAAUUUAAGGCAGUUGAUGAUGAGCUGAAUGGGUUGCGUUACAACCCCUGGCACAUGAUGGAGGCAGGAGCAAAUAACUCUGGGAGGCAGGCACAGUCCUCAGUUUUUUCCUCCUGCCUGACUUGGCCUUUCUUCUUGCAUUGGUUAUUUUUAUAUCCUUUAUUUCUUGGUUCAUUAACUCUUUGAUAGAACAAGAGAGGCUAUUUACUUCUUUAUUUUAUGGUUUUGUUUUUUAAAAUCCGUAACAAUUUAUACACCACUUGAUUGUAAACACUCUUAACAAACUUUUGCAUAAAUUAUCAGAACAUGUCUGUUUUUUAGGACAGAAGAGAAUAUCGUAGCACAGCCUAUUAUAAAGAGGUACUAAGAUGUUAAUCACAUCAAGUUAACUAGCACUACAAGUUACAUUAGCUCUACCUUCCUUAUUGUUUUUCUUUAACUUGUACUGAAUGCUUUAAUAAUUUGUUUUUCACAUCCUUUUAGUCCCAGUCGCAAGGAGCCAUUACAUUUAAAAUUAUACCCAGUAUCAAAGAAGAAACUGCAUCUAAAGAAGGAAAGGUAAGAGGUCCUUUACUCAGAAAAAGGGACUUACUGAGAUUGCUGGCUGAAAUAUAUUUUGUACCCAUAUGUAAAUGUGUUUUACAAUUGUAUUUUUACACAUGUUGUUUGUAUGCCAAUAAGCAAUAAAAACGGAGACUGGGGGUUGUAAUAAGACAUUUAAUUACAAAUAAGGCCGCCUUCUUCCAGAUCUUCAUGAAAGCUCUGUUUGACUAUGAUCCCAGUGAGGAUAAAGCAAUUCCCUGUAAAGAAGCUGGACUUCCUUUCAGAAAAGGUGAUAUUCUUCAGAUCAUGAGCCAGGAUGAUGCAACUUGGUGGCAAGCCAAGCUUGAAGGUAAUGCCAAUCCCAGGGCAGGCUUAAUUCCUUCAAAGCAUUUCCAAGAAAGGUGAGCAGUUUCUGAUUUCUCUGAUACUUAAAAUGUGAUCAGUAUAUCUUUGAUAUAAUUGUUAUGCCUGCACUUAUGGAUUAUAAGGUCAAUAAACUUUCAAGUUUUGUCCUAUGGUAAAAUGUCUGAACUUUGUAAGUUGUUGCCCAAGUAGUUUGGUUUUCUUUAGUUGUCUAUUCACAUUAAUAAUGACAAAACCGUAUAGAAUAUUUGUGAUCCACCUUGGAAAGGAAAAACAUAUGGAAAAUAGUACUUUGGUAUCUGUAUCUUUUUUGAUGUACUAUGCAUGAAUAACAACUGCAGCUGUGUUUGGAGAACAUAAAAAACCCUUCUAGGAUUUAAUUUCAUAGACUUGUGAGUAGACUGUAUUGUUUAGGAAUAUGUCUUCUAAAAAUCAGGAUACUUUGGAAAAGACUGAUAUGGAGUGUUAAUCUCAAAAUAGCUAUGAAAAUUAUAAAGAGUUUUGCUUCUCUUCCCUUCCCCCUUCCCCCAAAUCGUUUUAUAGGAGGCUUGCACUAAGAAGAUCAGAUGUACAGGUUCAGCCCUUGAAAGUUUCCAAUAGAAAAUCAUGUAAGUCUGUUUAAAAAUCAUACUCCUUUGUUCACACAAAUAUGGCUUGUAUCAGCUCUUUUUAAGAUAUGGCGCUGGUAUCUUCAGAUAUAUCAGCAGGCCAAAACCUGUGAUACUGUAGGAAUGGGAUUUUCGUUAAAGAAAAUGGCUUACCCCCGCUUCCGUCAUCAAUACUUAUGCAAAACCUAUUCCCUACAGUGAAUAAAAUAAUAAAUAUGCCAAUCUCUAAUUAUUGGAAGGGCAUUCUUAAUGACUCACUGGGUAUUUAAAUACUACACAAAGGGGACACAUGUGAAGUCAGUGCUUUUUUCAGGCUCAACCAUCUACUUUUGAAGCAUAGUUCAACAAUAUCUGGAGGUUGUGUGAAGCUGCUUUGGAGUAUGUUUUUAGAACAUAUCAAUAAAUAUCAGGCUGAUAUAUGAUCUAUUACCACUCAUAUGCUUAUCAAAUUUUCUGUCUGCUUUUCUUAUUAGAACUGAAUUGGACUUAUAAGAAGUGGCAUAUAUAAGGCAUAUGUUUUAAAAUGUAGCAAGAAUAUUCUAGCAAGUACUUUUUCUGUGUGCCUAAUUAGAAUUAUAUCAAAAGCAAAUGAUGUGAAAGCACAGUAUCUCUCAUCAUGGACUAAAAAUAGCAUGUUUGAAGGUUUCAGAGUUCUAGUUUUUUAAAAAACACAGUAGUUCAUUCUUCUAUAGAACAAAGACAGUAACAUUACUCUAAACCAAAUCAUUUUAUUGGUGUACUUGAAGUUGGACAGCAAGAUGAUGAGCCACUUUCUGUGAGGUUUUGGAAAAUUAAUAUAAAGUGGUUGCAUGGAAUUAUGUGUGUGUGUUGCGGGUCAGGAGCAUGGAGAAGCAGUCAUUUAUAUUUGUGAACUAGCUCUAUUUCUGACAUAGGAUAGCACUGGACUACAUUUGCAUGAAAUUGGUGACAUUUGUUAUAUGGUGUAACUUAUGCACGUGUCCUUAAACUUGUCAUUCAUUUGAUGUAAUAUGUCUUCAAAAGAGAGCAUGAACCAUCAGUAAUUAAAAUCAGUUAGACUAAUACUGGCCAAAACACCUUCUAUCCAACAGAACCAUGAUUUUUACCAUGGUAGUUUGCUUUUAUAUUUAAGCUGUAUCACAUGUGUUCUCAUUCAUAUGACUAAUAAUAAUUUAAUAUUGUUAAUCCAUAAUUAGCAUUGUGUAAUGGACAGGGUGGUUAAUCUCUGAAAGACCUGGUUAAGUGUAUAACCAAAAUAAAAUAGUAAUUUUGAUAUUAAAUAUAAACUGAAUUAUAUACUUUUAAAAAUUUUCACUAAGUGUGAGAGAAGAAAUAUUUAAUCACUGUCAAAUAUAUUUAUAUAGUUCAAUAUCAAUAUCAUGUGAUUUAGUAUGGUGUGCAUUCAAGCAAGAUGCAACCUAUUUUAUAAUUUUGAGAAUUAAUUGUGCACAAUUCAAAUUUUUAUGUGGCACCCAAACACUGAAAGUAAAACUCAUUUUGUCAAAUUCUACACUGUAACUCCUUAUAACACUAUCUGUUUUGUCAGCAAGCCAAACACAUCUUCACUCUUCUUUCAAACCUAGUAUUCUUCCUGACAUUUAGUGAGGAGUCUUCCUCUAAUAUUCUCUACUAUUGCAAGGACAGCAGACUUUGACCUCACUUUUUAUGACUAUUUGCAGUCCUAAAUUAUAUAAAGUCAGUGUCAUCUUGUCUUGGGUCACUUGCUGCUGUGGUGACGGCAUUAACACAGGCUUCAUCUUUGCAGUUUGCUGUCUCAUCAAACCGAAGAGUGCAUUUGAUGAAUUUCAGUAUUUUUGCCUAAAAGUUAUCCACUUAAAAAAAUACAUUAGCAUUUUUUGUUUUUAUGCUUUCUCACGCAAAUCUUUUUACGUACAAAUUUUGUUAAAUAUUUUCGGUAUAGCUUGGAAAUUCAAUUUUAUACCUUAAGAUUUUCAUACGUUCACGAAAAUCUUAGUGAUCCUGCUUAUGAUAGUUUGUCAAUUGAUGCUCAUUUAUAAAAUGGAGCUGCUAUGCAUUGUUAUGCAGGCAAGUGACUGAACUGAAUGACUCCUGCUUUCCCCCCAAUAUACUGGAUAGAGUUAUGCAUCUGUUGUGCAUAGCAAAUGGCAAACAUUUAGAACCUUGUCGCAAAGCAGUUGCAUGUUCAACUAAUAAUGAAACAGAUCCUUGAGAUCAAUCAUCAGUUGUGUUCCAAUUUACUUUCAAGUAAUUUGUGUUACUUCUUCAGCCCAGUUCUUUUGUCAGUUUCCUUUCUGUGCAUCUUACAACCAUAUUUCUUUUGCGUGCUUAAUUUUUUCUUUAUCCAUUCUAACCAAACUUGCCUUUUCAUCUUAGAAAAAUAUAUAAGAAAGUGGAACUACAAUUAUUAUUAUUUGUAGUGUGGCAUGCUCCUGUUCAGUACACACAUGUACACAGCCUUUUUUCCUCCACCCCCAGUCAGCCAAGAUUUUGUUUCAGUCACAUUGUAGUAAUUUUGUAUUGUAUAUUGUUUUAAAAUCUACUGUUUAUUUUAUUUUAAUCGUGUCAAGUUGCUUUGAGAUUUUCAAUAGAAAGUGACUGAAUAAUCAUUAACAUAAUAUUGCUCACUGAACAUGCUCCAUCUUCAUUGUGCUGUUUUGGAGUUUCUUGGCUAUUUCCUCCCAUAAUGUCCCCCCUGAAAUCUCCAUUUUGUGCUGUUUUAGCUGUAUAAGGGCUUGAUAUCUAAGAACUGAGAUGGCUAACAGUAUUUAUAAUUCAUGCCAAAUAUAAGUAGGCAAUGUUAUGGAACUGAAAUGUUAGAUACUUUGGUUCACGUCAAAGUAGCAGGUACCCGCAUCGGUGACUAAUAAUAAUGCAACUUCAUGGAUUGCGCUCCAUGCAGGAAGCUUUCCUCUUGAUGUAGCCUCCAAAGGGCUCCAAGCAUGCCAAUGGAAAUCUUGUCUCUCCUUGUGAAUGCAAGGGGCUUUCAUGGUAAUGAUCUGGCCAAGUUUUGUGUUAACAGAUCUCACACACUGCUCACUUCAUAAAUGCAACACCCUUAAUAGUUCAGGUGGGAAAAUUUAUCCUCAUAGAAAAAAUAAAUUCUGAAGGAGGCUUUUCUUCCCCAGUAAGUAUUUGUCCUCUUCUUCAUUUCUUUCUCAGCUAAGCAACUAAGCUCUUCCUGGGUUCAAAGAAGGCAGGCUAUGACAAAUUUAACAGGGGCCUAUAAUUUAAUUCUUUCUUAACAGCGCAAUCCAAAGUGUUUGGAUUUGGCAGAUCUUGGGCUUUCUUGGCUGAGAAGAUAAUGGUAUUGCUCUAUAUGAACUAUUCUUAAUCCUUUGCCUCUUAAGAAUGCAUUCAAGUAGGUGUCCUGUCCUUUGUGAUUGUGACUUCCUUGUAUUGUAAAGGGACAAGAAUCUGAACAACUACAUGCAUGUACCCUUUAAAACUGAUAUGCAUGUGUGUUGUGCUCCAAUAUCUGUACCAUAGUAUGAAAUUUCAUCAGAAGCUACCUGUGUAAAGUAAUGAUGCUUGAUCAAGGAGCAAUAAAAGUGGUACUAGCAGAAGUUGUGUCUUUGGUGGGAGGGGAGACUUUGAUGGGCAAGCAGGCAGAGAAAUGAGCCCAAAUAAAGUUUGUUCUAGUGCAUUGUAAGUUGGCUCUGGGAUGUGUCUAAUAAACUAGGGCAGGGGUGGGGAGCCUGUCGCCCCCAUAUGUUACUGAACUACAGCUCCCAUCCUUCAUGACCAUUAGCCAUACUGGCUAGGGCUGAUGGGAAUCAGAGUCCAGCAACAUCUGGAGAACCCUACUUCCGGGCUCAGACAGAGCUUUCCAAACUGUGUGCCACAACACAACACCUACAGCUGCAAUGUGUAGGUGUGUCACACAAACACUCCCUGUGCUCUUAUAAGGGGUUAGUUUAAGCUCUGGUUUGCUAGUAAAGCUGAAUUACUGUGUCACAAAAUGAUGCAUGUCUAAAAAGUGUGUCACCAGUAUGAAAAGUUUGGAAAGCUCUGGGCUAGAGGAAGUCUCUGGAUGAAAGCAACAACCUGUAGACAACUUAACUUCAACUUAAGAGUGUAACCAUUUCAAAAUUACAAUUGAAAACCCAGUGACUCUUACUUAUGAUGCUAAGCAGAACAUGACUAGUUAAUGUAUUGUUUUUUCAUCCCAGAGCUGGUUCAAACCUUUCUGUCUCUUAAACAGUGUUAGGGGAACAUAGCCUUUGCAUACACACCAAAAAAACUUUACACAUUUUGAAAGUGAGGUUCUGUCAUUUCCCACUCCCAUAAAAGAAAUUGGGGUACAGGCUUUUGCAGCAAAACGUUGAACGUGCAGUGCAUCAUACUUCUCCAAAAUAUGCUCUUAACCUGUUCUUUAUAUUACACAGCUCUGUUUUUCCCAUUUUAUUAUGUGCUGAAUAUAAUGUAAAUCAUGUCUGCUUGUCUUUUGGCUGUUCUAAGCUGAGGAAACAGUUGAGUGUGGUAGGUGUUUUACCCCCCCCCCCUUUAUUCUUCCAUUAUGUCUUCAGUCCAUGUAAUCACUUUGCAUCCUAUUUUUCCCCCUUUUGCGCUUCUCAGAGGAAAUUGAAGGUACAUGUACAAGCUUCCCUGCUGGGCUGCAAGUGAUGGCUUAAAAACUAAGUAUUCUAGGUCAUCACUGACUUAGAGGCAAUUAGAAAAUAAUCCAUAUAGAUAGCAGUAUAUGUAGUCAUAACAGCCAGUUGCUUAGUUGUUGCUGGAAUUGUUGUUUCAAUCCUGAGAAUCGUGGUAGCAGAAGACUGUGAACAUGUUGCUUUCUGCACGUAGUUCCUACAGCACAGUACUGGCAUAUGUGCAUGAAGAUUCCUGUGGGGUAAGGCACAGGGAUCCACAUGUGUUAUCCCAUUGUCAGAUGUGGUUUCUUCCUUUGUAUUUUUCCUUCUCCUCACAUAGCAGGAAUUUUGGGGGCCCAACGCAACAGAUCUGCCUGUUUCUGCACAUGGGUCAAGUAUGCAGAACAGGAGUGAAUGUGUGCUAAAACCUCUGAAUGUUAGCAAAGUAACAUAACUGAACAAAGCAGAUACGUUAACACAAGGCAUUUCCAUGGAGCUAAAGAUGAUGUCAGUCCUAUUGCAUGGCUCUAAUAGAUUAUCUUUCUUAAAUUCAAACUUUGACACUGAAUAAAGUGGAUCUUUUACAGUCAUUAGGGGUGCAAUUUUGGAACACAGCUUGACAGAUGCUUUACUGCUGUGGUGUCAAUCUUUGGAGGACUUUUCACUUGCAGCAUACAUUUAAACAGUUGUAGCUCAUUGAUUUCUUUAGAUAGGUUAUCUAUCUAUCUAUCUAUCUAUCUGUCUGUAUAUACCCAAAAGCUGUAAAGUGUUUUGUUAGACAUUUGGUAUAUUAAAAUAGGCACCAAUACUAUUUUAUACCUAAGAAGUUAUAUUCAUUAAAAAUACCCUUUCUGUCUGAUCCAUUGAGCCAAAUACAAAAACUCCUGAUAUUCUUUGUAGAUUUCUUUACCUUUGUGUUUCAGCUGUUGUAUUUUUUAUCCUACAUUAAAAUAUAAAGUAGAACACCUUUUAAAAUCACUUUUUUAUUUUCUGUCAUGAAUAAGGCAAUAAAACAGUGAAAAGUUAAAUAUGCAUGUGGCUGUACUCCAAAAUCUCUUGUUCAACUUCAGAACAACACAGUGAUUUAUUUUUAAGCAGUGGCAUAUUGAAGGCUUUUUAUGCUGUGCUUUCUGCAGUUGUCAUUUUUAAGUAACUCUUCUUUUGCAUUCAUGGCUGGGCAUCUAACUAUUCUGCUUUAUUUCUUGGCUUUUGUUCUGUACGCUUUUACACUUCAUCCAGAGGAAGCUGAAUGUGCUGGUCACAACAGUGGAGCCCACAUAGGUGAGCAGUUGCUUACAAAAGACUCUCUUUCUUUCUCAGCUUUUUCCUGGAUGGCUACAGAGUUUGCAGGUAAUGGGCAUCACUGCAUGCUAUGAAUCUGCUAGAUUAAAAAAUGGCUCACUGGAUUUGACACAAAGGAUCUGCAUCCUAACCGCAACAUAUGUUACUAACAUUGAAAUAUAGAAUGCAUUGAAAUGCUACCUUGAAUAUAAGGAAAUAAUUUACUUGGGUAGAAUUUGCAAGGAAAUUUAAAUACUUGUCCUAGACAAAAUGUUAGGCUGGCUAUAUUCCAUCUGACUACAUUAUUUUUCUAUCACAGUGUUCUUCAAUCUUGGGUCCCAGAUGAUAUUGAACUACAACUCCCAUCAACCCUUAUUAAAUAAGCUGGUAGGAAUGGUGAAAGUUGUAAUCUCAUGACUUAGUGUAGUGAUAGCCAUUGUAGUACCUGACACUUGUUGUGGGCUACAGUUUUCAUCAUCCCUGACCAUUGGCCACUCUGACUUGAGUUGGUGGCUCCAUAACAUCUAGAGCAGCAUUUCCCAACCUUGGGCCUCCAGCUGUUUUUGGACUACAACUCCCAUAAUCCUCAGCUAGCAAGACCAGUGGUCAGGGAUGAUGGGAAUUGUAGUUCGAAAACAGCUGGAGGCCUAAGGUUGGGAAACACUGAUCUAGAGGGUACCAUGUUGGCUACUGCUGACUUGCAGGGAAUUAAUUUAGUACUGUUGGAUGGCUGGGAUUACUUUCCUGUCAAUGAGCCAAGUAAUGAUACCACAGACUGGCUCAUCUUUGCUCACCUAUUCUUGAAGUGGUUUACUGGUAAUUCCUUAGAAGAUGCUACACAAGAACCAUUGUAAGUUGAACAUACCAUAUUAGGUUUUCUUUAUUCUUCAAGUAAGGGAUGUGGGAAGAGAACACAAAUUAUUGUUAAGAAUUGGCCCAUAUUGGGGUAUAAAAUGCGGUAGCAUAGGGAAGGAGGUUGAGAUCAUGGUGGAUGCAGGAACUACUCAGGGUAAAUCAGCAGCACAAGAGUAGGUGGAAACUAAUUGAGGGCAUGCUACAUAAUUUAUUAAUAUAUCAAUGUCACAUGUUUUAUUAAAGGGGAAGGUGACACUGCUAUGCUUCCAGAUAGAUUUUAGAAGCUGUGCACUAAAUCUGUAUGCCGAUAUUUGCAUGCCACAGGAGGCCUACCAAUCCGAACAGAAUAGCUUUCACUGUUAAAGCCCUUCAUGAUUUGGGACCUCAGUAGCUGAAUGAUAUUUUCUUCCCACUUGCAUUUAUCUGUGCCUUGAAAUAAUCAUCUGAAGCUCUUCUCUGAGUACCCCUGCAAACUGAGGUGCAGAGAGAAUAGUCAUGAGGGAAAAGGCUUUCUGCUUGUGGAAUGCCAGAGAGGCCCACCUGACACACAUUUUAAUGCCUUUUUGGUGCCAGGCAAAUAACUUUUCUUAUUUAUUUUCCCAGGCAUUUUAAAAUAGUUUGUAUUUCUAAAUUGAAAUAAUUAAUUAUUUAAUCUUUGCAUGCUGCUGUGAUUUUAGCAUGGUCAUUUUAGUUCUGUGAAAUUUAUUUUGGGAGCUCUCUCUGUCUUACUGAUUAUUGCUGUGAUUUCUAAUCUUGUGGUCUCUGUUUUAUAGUUGUUUUAUUCUCUUUAAUGAUUUCUUGUUUUGUGUAAAUAGUUUUUGAUCAUUGACAUCACUCAAGGAACUGCGUUGGGAGACUGAUAAAUAAUAGCAGUACCACUGAUGGCACUAUUCAAAUUAGCAACUUUAAUGCCAGACCUUGCUAGUUGAUCUCUUCUGUUGAAAUAUAUGUUUUCUUUAACUUAGUAGAAUUGAGUAUGAUGGAUUAUCAACCUUAACUCACACCUUUUGUCAUACAGAAUAAAAUUGCAUAACAAUAAGUUUCAGAUCAAGGAACUAGGUAGUUAUCAUAAGAUUAUUCCGAGUAGUUCAUGGGAUGUGUGGAGGUAUGCCAGAAUUCAUUGGUAAUGAGAGGGGGGAGAAAACUCCAUCACUACCUUUGCCUUCCUCCUAUAUACUUCUACCAGCAGGGCUCUAUGAGCCUCCAUGUAGGUGCUACUUACAUACUCUGAGGUAUCUGCAGUCACCCUGUUCAGUUUGGUAUCACUCUUGGCCCAGUAUGUUCACUAAUCUCCACCGUUCCAACCAGGAUCUGAAGCAGGUUAGCAAGCGUUAGUUUAGAAGGGAACCUUGUGAGUGCCAAUGCAGAUGCACUCCAAGCUAAGGCUUGGAAGGAAACUUUUGCUGGAAAGUUGGAGAAAGAAGGGGAGACCAUUGGGUCACUCCCAGUUUCUUAACUGUGGAUACAGGGUGGAAGUGUUAUAGCUUCAUUCGGUUUUCAUGAAAUGUUAUUUCUGGGAUUCAUAAUGUGAAACCACAGUGGUAUCAGACAUACAGAAUAACAACUAUUUAAAAGCCCUAGUCAUAUGUCAGGAAUUGGGUGUACUGUUAUAAGGUGGCCUCAGAAAUGAACUUCCUACAGACUGGAGUUGUCCAGAAAUAAUUAACAAUGUUUUUACUGUGCUAGUCAAUAAUAUGGUGCUGGUUUAACAGAGAACUUGCUAUUUGUCUAUAAUGUAUGUCAAACUGUAUUAAAUUUGUAUAUACAAAGCAUGUAUAUCAUUGUAGAUUGUGAGCCUAUGGGCAGGGCUUUACCAUUUAUGUCUAAAUGAUACCUACUUUUUGUGAGAUGUUUGCUGUUGAUACUUAUUGGAAACAAUGGUUUGUCUUUUUCUCUAUAUACAUUGAAGACAAAGGGUUGUCUUCAAUGUAUAUAGAGAAAAAAGUGUAUGCAAUUUUGAAAAACAGUGAUUGGUAUUAAAUGGGCAGCAGUGAAGGACAGAAGUUGAACUAAUUUUCAUGUAGUUUAAUGGUUCAAACCAUGUAGUUAAACUAUUUUGUUGGUAGUAAACUGUUUGCAUACUAUUAAAAACAAUAAUUGGUUUCACCCUUUUGGAGAAAACUAUUUAAAUAGCUAUUUAUUAACAUACUUAAAAACUCUGUAAACUCAAUAUAAAUACCGGUUUUAGUCUCCAAGAAGAAUGGUGUGAGCCAUUACCAGAAGAGGGGGUGCUGCUCUCUUUUGUUUCUACAGCUAGUUGCUAGGAACGUGUUCAGUGUGUAGCAUUUCUAAAGUGGUUGAUUGCACUUGGAAUAGUCUAACACUUUAACCUGACCAGGAAGAAGGGAUUAGCAUUAGGGGGUGUGAAGUCCUGUUCAGUGUUUGCUAAUUUGUUACAAUCUAGUUUGACCAUGAAAUAGGAUUGAUGCAAAGGGUUCUGCACCCAGGAGCUGGCUUAAUUUUCAGUGCCUUUCACUGAUGAUCUGUGGAACAAAACAGAGGAAAGUUUUUGCUUUCCCUCAAGUAUGUACUUCUAGAGGGGAGCCUAAACUCCUUUUGAGCAGCAGCUAUUCUUUUGUAGAGUAAGGAGGGCAUUCAGAUACCCUCCAGGAGUGCCUCUCCCACCAGCAGGAAACAGGGUUAGCUUGCAAAGUUGACUCCUCUAUUGGAAUGAGCUACCAGGCUGCCAUAAGCACCAUGGAACCAGUGAAGGCCUUAUUUGGUGCCCCCAGCUUUCAUUUUUCAAAAGUACAUGUCUCUACCCCUCCUAGGAAAAAAUUAUAAUCAAAGUGUGAAAGGUACCCUUCUAAGCACCAAUAAUUCUGUGAAAUGAUUAGCCAGUGAGUGAAGUGGGAGCUGUGAUUGAUAAGUGAGCUAUUUAGACACCAGGCAGUGGGAAAACCUGGGGCUCCACAUAGCUGGUGUCCCCCUUUAGUGCCCUUUUCCUGCAUCUGUCUUAUAUCCUUGUCCUUGGAUCCACACAGUUGCUGCUCUGUUUGUUUCACUUUGCUUCCUGCCAUCCAUAUAGAGCAGCUGCUUUAAAAACUCUUUGAAAAUGUGGGAGAUGAAAUCUGGGGAUCCUUCCCAUUGCUGCUUUGUUUGUUUUGCUGCCUAUUGGAAUGUAGAGUGGGUGGCUGCUUGAUAAUAAUAAUAAUAAUAAUAAUAAUAAUAAUAAUAAUAAUAAUUUAUUAUUUAUACCCCGCCCAUCUGGCUGGACCUCCCCAGCCACUCUGGGCGGCUUCCAUAGAAACCAAAAAUACAGUAAAAUAUCACACGUUAAAAACUUCCCUGAACAGGGCUGCCUUAAGAUGUCUUCUGAAUGUCAGGUAGUUGUUUAUCGCUUUGACAUCUGCUGGAAGGGCGUUCCACAGGGCGGGCGCCACUACCGAGAAGGCCCUCUGCCUGGUUCCCUGUAGCUUUGCUUCUCGCAAUGAGGGAACCGCCAGAAGGCCCUCGGCGCUGGACCUCAGCAUCCGGGCAUAACGAUGGGGGUGGAGACGCUCCUUCAGGUAUACUGGACCGAGGCCGUUUAGGGCUUUAAAGGUCAGCACCAACACUUUGAAUUGUGCUCGGAAACGUACUGGGAGCCAAUGUAGGUCUUUCAAGACCGGUGUUAUAUGGUCUCGGCGGCCGCCCCCAGUCACCAGUCUAGCUGCCGCAUUCUGGAUUAGUUGUAGUUUCCGAGUCACCUUCAAAGGUAGCCCCACGUAGAGUGCAUUGCAGUAGUCCAAGCGGGAGAUAACCAGAGCGUGCAGAUAGGGUCUCAGCCUACGUACCAGAUGGAGCUGGUAAACAGCUGCCCUGGACACAGAUUUGACCUAUGCCUCCAUGGACAGCUGUGAGUCCAAAAUGACUCCCAGGCUGUGCCUCCAUGGACAGCUGUGAGUCCAAAAUGACUCCCAGGCUGCGCACCUGGUACUUCAGGGGCACAGUUACCCCAUUCAGGACCAGGGAAUCCUCCACAACUGCCUGCCUCCUGUCCCCCAAAAACAGUACUUCUGUCUUGUCAGGAUUCAACCUCAAUCUGUUAGCCGCCAUCCAUCCUCCAACCGCCUCCAGACACUCACACAGGACCUUCACCGCCUUCACUGGUUCUGAUUUAAAAGAGAGGUAGAGCUGGGUAUCAUCUGCAUACUGAUGAACACCUCAGUAGAUAUCAACCUCAGUUGAUAGAUGCCUCAGUAGAAUACUGGGGGGUGGGGGAAGGUUAUGACAACCAUUUGUUGUUUAGGGUGCAUACCCUACAAUGGGGAUUAUUCCAAAGUUGUUUGGGUGAGGGCAGUGCAGAGGCUUCAUAUUGAUGGUGAUAAUAAUUACUGUCAUCUCUUCAUACAUCCCUUAUUUCAACAUCUACUCUGAUGAGUUUUUUAAAUGACUUUCCUUUGCAUUUUCCUUGCAUUUCUAUUUGUUGUUGUUUAUUAAAUUUGUAUACCACCCUUCAUCUGACAAUCACAGCUUUAAAUUUUUGCCUAUUCAGGUUUACGGCUGGCUGUAGUGAUUCAGAAUUAUUCCUGCAUUCAGUUAUCUUUUAAUUUCUAGCUCUGAUCUACAGCAGCACGUCAGAAGUAUUGUAUUCUCUGGCAGAUCAGCAUGCUGGGAUGCAGUUGUGACUGGAGUUCAGGGUGGGAGUGAUAGAAUUCUUAGAUGUUUCUCUGUGUAACUCAUUCAUUUAAGGGACAAGACAUUCCUGUGGUUCUAUUAAAAGCAGUCGCUAUUGAUUCUGAGCACUACCAUUUUGUCUCACUGCUGCUCCCAUGGUGUUUAUGAAGGUUCUGGUCAUACCAAUAGUGCACCAGAGGAUGCAAAGUAUUGAAAUGUAAAGAAGUAUCAAGUGGCUUGAAUUAAAGGUGAUCCUACUGAUACGUUGGGCUUUUCUAGGCAACAUAAAAGGCAAGCAGAUCUUGGUAAGGACAAGCAACAACUCAGUGAAGAUCUGUCUCAGCAAGCAAGGAGGCAUGAGAUCUAUUUCCCAUCAUAAGAAGUCUGUCCUGGAUUGCUCAGAGUAGAACAUCUGACUCAAGUGACAAACACAACUGUAGACUGGCUGAGCUAUGUCGUUUAAUAUAUUGACUGUUUCUCCCCUUAAUUAUAUUUUAUCUUGUGCCCCAUUUAAUGAUGUAUGUGUUAUCAGAACAAAGCAUAUUGGUGUUGCAAUGAUUAAAAUGGAUUUUUAAUGUAAUUCAAGACUGUGAAGCUACUAAUAGGCAUAGCUGUCAACGUUUCCCUUUUUUAAAAGGGAAAUUCCCUUAUUCCGAAUAGGAUUCCUUGCAAGAAAAGGGAAAAGUUGACAGCUAUAACUAAUAGGUUUUUAGAAACAUUCAUCGCUGUUGUUGACUUUCUUUGAACCAGUGUGGAUGUCAAAUAUAUGAUCUCAGGUGGGAACAUAUUUAGAUAAAAAAAUGAGUGUCUUCUGUUGAUUCUGCAAGCACUUAUUAAAAUGAUCAGUAUCUGGGAGUUGGGGUAAUUAUCAGUAUUUUGGGGGUAGGGAUAUCAGCAAAUUUUGCAAGUCUGUAUUACAAAUGUGACAUUUCCCCAUAUUUCUGUUCUCAGUGCUUAACAGAGAUCUAGCCUGCUAUACCAAUAUGAUGUUGUUUUUUAAAAAAUACAUCAUUCCUAAUUUUCACCAGCAACCCGUACACUUUGAAAUUGGCACCUUUUGAAUAAAAAUAAUUUGGUAAUGCGAUUAGGCCACAAUCCUAUCUAAAAACAUAGGGGAACUUCAAAAGUAAACACAAAACAAUGGAGAUUAAAAAAACAUCAAAUUUCACCCCAUAUGGCUCCCAUAUGCCCUUGCAUGAGCCUAAUCAAAUAUAUAUGGAAAACAAUUUGGACUUUGAAUUUGUUCCUUCAAGAUAUAAGGAAGAAAAAUUACUAAGUAACAAAAGUAACAAAUGCCCAUAUGAAGGAGCAUUUGUUGCAGAUGGGCUACUGGCUAGGCUGAUGACAGUAACCCCUGCUUCUGCUUCUUUUUUUAAAUCUCGUAACUACAGCUGGUUUCAGGAGGAGUUUUCGUCUCAGCAGAAAAGAUAGAAAAACAAACAAGACUAUGUAUGAAUGCAAGAAGAGUGAUCAGUACGAUACAGCAGAUGUCCCAACUUACGAAGAAGUAGCAAAGUAUAGACGACAGCCCAAUGAGAAAUACAGACUUGUUGUCUUGGUUGGUAAGUUUUAAUUAUUUGAAUUAGGAACCUAGGUUGUUUCAAUAAAGACUAAACUGUUUUGUGUUUCAUGUUAUCUUUUUGGACUUUAAAAAUCAUAUGCCAAAGCAACCUGAAAUGUUCAAAAGUCUCAAGACGCUCAUGUGGAAGCAGAUGUUUCCUGAGGUCCAUAUAUUCUAGUAUAUUUAUAAGGAACCACAAGGGCAGGCAGGUACUGUACAAAGAUAAAAAUGUACAUUAGUUGCUCUUUUGCCUCUGGCCUCAUCCACCGCUGGCAUGUAACCCUCAGAAAGCUGAUAGCUGAAAGAUUCAGAGGUGCCCCAGCACAAUAGCAGCUAGAGCAUGUGUCUAUAUGCAUAUCUGAGAACUGUAAGCAUCCAGCAUGAAAGUCUCAUGGACUUUUUUCAAGUCUACCUAGCCAUAUUGGCCAGAUUGCAUGAAUAUUCAUCAUAUUUAUCCUGGGCCUGAAAGCAAGAAGGAUAUGAGAAGGCUCUCCUCAGUAUGUGAGGUCCAGAAGCAGAGAGAGUGAAUUUCUGUCUUUACAGCUUCCAUCAUUCUUUUUCCUGGCCUGACAGCCUGUGCAUUCACCUGCUGAAAAGAUGAUUUUCAUCCCUUUUCAGUCACAUACAUUGUUUUCCCACAUGGAAAAGGAGUAGCUGGAGAUCUACCCAUGUUUAGCUUACAGCCUUUCUGUAAAGUUUCUCUCCCUAUCAUGCAGAUGUAAUGUGUUUCAGUUCUUAGUUAAGGAUUGUGAGCUCCUCUUUGCCGAGCACUUAAAACUUGAUUCAGAAUCUUGCCCGGUUGGGUGAAUUACACUGCAGAGGGGGAGGCGUUCUAAGCUUUAUUCGGCUUUAUUUUACCUGUCUCAAAAAGACAACCUAAGACGAAGCCUCCUGUUUCAGGCCAAGGCUCACCUAGUCUAGCAUCUUGUUCUCACAGUGGCCAACCACAUACCUAUGGGAAGCCCACAAGCAGGACAUGAGUGCAAUAGCACUCUCCCAAGUUGUAAUUCCUGCCAACUGGUAUUCAGGUCAUAGUCAACAAAUAGUCAACUUGUAUUCAUAGUCAGCAAAUGCCUUGAGAUGGUUCACAAGACAUUUAUUUAGCUAGCUAGCUAGCUAGCUCGCUCCCCUUUUCCUGUGCUCUUAAAUCUCAUCACACUGUAGGGAUAGCUAAUCACAAGCAGAUCUGCAGUCAUGGUGCAAGACUCAUUAUUAUUAUUAUUAUUAUUAUUAUUAAGUGUUGGACACAUAGCCACAGCAGAUUUCAUCAGUUUUGCUUCCGUUUGCUUUAGAGUGCCAUUCUAUUUGACUCCAGGGUAAACUUGUCAGAGUUUUAUUAUUUGCCAGUAGCCAAUAAAAAAAUACCCACUAUUGCAUCAAUUAUGAAGCUAAGGAACAUAACUAUGAAGCAAUCAAUAUACCAAACACUAUUUGCUAAUGUGUUACAUAAACAAGCUACCCUUUUCUUCCAAACAGAUUCCUAGUCUUCCUUAACUGUGUUUUAUCAAAAAUAAGUGGGGCCAAUGUGGACUAGUAGCUGACUAUAGUUGCAGGGUAACCCAAUCAGUGUUCUGUUCUGUUCUGUUCUGUUCUUGUGUUGGGUGAUUCCUAUAUUACCUCAGCAGUUAAUUCCAUCAUAUGCUCAGGACUGGUCACUUGCAGAAACUUAAGAUAUGGUCCAGAACAUAAAAUAGGAUGGGGUUAUGGUCUGUGAAUCUAGUCAGCAAUCUCAACACUUGAUAACCAAUUUAGAGAUCUUACAAAAGCCUUUUAGAAAUAUUUUCCAAUAUACUCCAUUUACAAUCCAACAAUUGUAAAUUGUUCUUGUACUUGUUGCACUACAUUUUAGUUUCUUUUGCAGUAGUGUAUAGGCCAAUGUUUCAUUAGCAGAAUUUCUUCCAUUAUAAAAAGUUGCAGACCAGAAGAAAUAUGACCCUCUAUCAGGGACUGUUAUGAACUGUAGAACUGCUGUUUUUAUAUAGCUCAUAUCCAAGGGAACACUUAAAAUCAGUUUUUAAUAAACAGCUUUGUCAUUCUCUAACGCACAAGUUCAGGCACCUACUACUGUGAGCGAGAGAUUGUGGGUUCUACACAGCAAGUAAUAACAUGCUUGAGUUGAUUUUACACCUAUAUCAACAGAGUUCUGUGAAAUGUGUGAUAAGUAGACUUUUUAUAACAAAUCACAUAUGCCGGCUCUGAGGGAUAUCUAGAAAUUUCGUUUUAUUUUGGUGGUACUAAAUCAAGUAAAGAAAGUGUGCUUUUACAGUAACAAAAGCAGCUCACAAAUUUAUUGCAGACUUCAGUAAUUUUGAUGUUUUUCUCUUGGUAUUAGAAGCAGCAUAAGUCUGGCCAAUAUCAUAAAAAUGUCUUGGGUAAAAUGUGGAAAAACUGGCACUGUUAAUAUAGGUACAGUAGAAAUGAUCAGAUUUAAAAGCUUUGGACAUGCUAGUAGCUGCAUCCAAUACGAUGUGUGAAAUACAAUUUUGAUGUUAGUGCCAGGAAAUACAAGGACAAAUAAUUAAAUUUUCACAUAAUUGGUUGUGGCAAAAAUGUUCAGCUAUAGUAACUGAAAACACAAUUUAUUAUUGGAGUCUAUUUAAAAAAUAAUUGGCUGCCAAGUAGAUGUUUCACUUAAACUUACUUUAAAUAAAUGAAUUCUAAUUCACAGAAUAUAAACUCGAUGUAGAGUUUAGACUAUCACUGGGAUGCGAUUCUCCUUUCUAUCUAAUCUCAGCUCCCGCACAUUUGCUGCCAUCUGCCUUUUUUCUCUCUCUUCUACCUAACAGGCCCAGAUGGAGGCUCUAACCAGUUUUGGUUCACCCCAGUAGAUAAUUUGGAUAGUGAAUGCUUAUUUAGCUGCAUUCUGGUCCCUAAAAUAAAGUAGCCAUUGUUUUUAGGUAAGUGGGCCCUGAGCUAUGGGGUGGUAUGUUAACCCACUGGAGAAAGCACAAGUCUUGAGCUUGAGACUCUUAAUCUCAAGGUUGUGGGUUUGAGCCCCAUGUUGGACAAAAGAUUCCUGCAUUGCAGGGGGUUGGGCUAGGUGACCCUUGUGGUCCCUUCCAACUCUAGAAGUCUGUGAUUCUAUGAUUGAUUAACUGUUAGAAGUAUUGAUAUUCAGAAGGGCAUUGGAACUGAUCGGCUGACAAAAUAAAGCGAAUGCUAGCCGGAAUGGUGCUUUGUCUAAGAGACAAGCAGAACUCCAAAUGCUGCAGGUCUGAAUUUAACAUUACUGUACAUAUCCUGACUGACAUUUGCUCCAGCACAUAAUGAUGAGCUGUGAUCUCCCCUCCUCAUUGCAGGGAAUCAGGGAAUCAGAAAGGGUAUGGUGGCAGAUUAGGCAGAAUAUGGAUCACCAGCAUUGGAUUUACAGCAAGAGGGUUUCCCCCAGCUUGCAAACAUCUUGUUCUAGUUGCACCUUGGAUAUAAACCAUAAAAUGAUAUCUCCUCAACAAGUAUGGAACAAAAGGGGCAAAAGUAAUUAUUUAAACCUAGUAAUGGUGUUUGUGGUAGGCAGCUGGAGAUUUUUAAUACACAAGUGGGAUACACAGGGAAGGCUGAAAUUAACCCCUUAACACUCAUUUCCUUUCUGGGAAAUGUGUCGAUUGAUACUUCAGUGCAAAGGUUUAAUCUUGGCAUGUUAGGAAAGAUGACCAGUUUGUACAAGAAAAGCAUCCAUUUGGGUAAAACAUUCUGCAGAAUGUCAGGAAAAAAGCAGAUGAAUUUAUUUGGGUUAUUUUAAAUUCUAAUAUCAUAGUCCUGUGGUCCCUGUAUGUCACUUUAUCCUUAGGUAAGGGAGAAGUAGGAAAUUGUGUAGAAUACCUUAAUAGAGGAUCUUGAUUCAGAGUAGUGGUGGGAGGAGUCUGAAGUGGACCUUUACAUGAAAAGUUAAAAUGAUUGAACCAACCAGUUGUUUAAAUAUUAUGGCUUGGGUCCUAAUUUUGGGGUCUGCAAAUGGAAGGAGAGUUGGAAUCAUGGGAGCGGUUCUUCUGUAUGCUCAACUCUUUCUGUGAAGCAAAAAGUGAAGCAAAAAAGUUUGGAUCCAAGCCAAUAAAUUUUCCUGAGUUUUAUUUCAGAUACAGCUGUUCAAACCAAAAAUAAAAUUAGAUGAAGUAAGCUGUUACAGAUGCCUUGCCAUGGUUGCUGGUCAUCUAGAUACUCAAAGCACUGAAGACUGUUCAUAUAGCAUUGAUUCAGUUAAAAUUUCCAAAAUGGUUGGAUUUCAAGGCAAAACAAUACAGCAGAGCAACAAAACAAUACAACAAUCAUUUUCAAACACCUUGAAUGUUUCACAAACCUUGUGAGGAAGACCAUGAAUAAGUGGAAAUCAAAUAUGUUUUCAUAGCUGUGCAGAGCUUUGAUACUACCUUUAUAGAAGGCUUUAUUCCUAGUGCUCAUGAAAAAUCAGUUUUCAACCUACCAGUAACCAUUCCAUUUCCAUAGAGAUAAGAUUGUAAUUUACUUUCAUAUAAGUCACUGUUGUCUGGAGAUGCAUAAUUGUAAGAAUGGUAAUACAAGAACAAAAAUCUAAUGCUGAUAGUUUCACAGUCAUUUUUAAUUUUCAGACUGCGCCAACAAAUUUUGUUUACAUUUUAGACAUUCAUCUGCAGUAAUAAAUUAUAGUUCAUGCAAAGCAAAGAUGAAACUUGCCAUGCCAUUUCUUGCUUAAGUGCACAUGGUGUAAAUUCAGCAACAGCUUGGUUUUUCUGGAGAAUCUAUAGUUUGGAAAUAAUGAAAAGUAUUUGGCCUUCAUUAGUACUUCUUUACUGCACAUAUGGGUUGGGGUGCAACUAGUCAAAUCUGAAUAUUUAAUAACUGUGAUGGGUCUGAAUAUAUUAAACUUCAGAAAAUUUAUAAAUGGCUCACACCCUGACCUGGCCCCUUCUAUAUCAAAUUAUAUGAUCUGGAGCUGAGAAGAGAAACGCUAAUCACUUAAGUGUCUCUUUCAGCUUUUCCAUCUAUGCAGAAGAUGGGCUGAACAUAAUACACCAGGCUUCCUCAACUUUGGCCCUCCAGAUGUUUUUGGCCUACAACUCCCAUGAUCACUAGCUAGCAGGACCCAGUGGUCAGGGGUGAUGGGAAUUGAUGAGGAAGCCUGAAAUACACCUUUCAAUUUUGUGUGUCUUGUCUUGAGAAAGCUAAGAAGAUGAAACAAAGUCACAUGAAAUUGCUGCCUGUAUUCAGAGUACAGUGGAUCCUAAAUAUGUUGGUGGGAAGAUGGAUAUCCAGUCAUGAUUCUUGGGUAUCUCCAAUAAUCUCUGCUCUGUCAGAUUCAUAUUUUUGUAUAUUUAGUAACUCUGUGUGUAUAUCAUUCUUUGACAAAACUGGCAGCGGGUUGUUCAUUUUCCAGGUAAUGUAGAACUGCAGUUCCUGAAGCCCACAGGUCACAAGAAUGAACAACCCGCUGCCUUUUUUGCCAGAUACUGAUAUACACAGAGAGUUACUUGAUGUAAGGACAAUCUCUUUAUCUCUGCCUAGAGAAUGUGGAUGGUGCUGAAGUUACACAUCUUGUUCUGGCCUUGUGUCUUUUAAAUUUCACAUCAUAAGGUGUUGCAUGAUUGAAAUAGUAAUCAAAGGAUAAUUGAUUACAAUGCAUUUUAACUUUCAGGGCCUGUGGGUGUAGGAUUGAAUGAACUUAAACGGAAAUUGUUGAUCAGUGAUACUCAGCAUUAUGGUGUAACCGUGCCACGUAAGUGACAAUCAGUUCUGUAUAAAGUUCAGUUUUACUUAAUCUGGCAUAAGGUGAACAUGUUUGAACAUAUAGGGUAUGCCUUUUAGGAGUGCUCACCUUGAAUAAGAAUGUAAAGGCUGUGCUUUUUUCUUGCUGUCGCUAAACACUUUAGAAAAUAACAGCUCUCAGUUAAAAUCUCUGUGAGAGAUGGGGUGGGUACUCUUCCAGCAUUGUGAAGCUUUGUCCAACCUGUAGAAGUUGUGCCACAAAUGGCACAGAGAGUAGGAAUUUGUGGCCCUACAGGACAGAAUUGGAGUGGCCCAGGGGCCUGUUACGCCAUAGUCAGGUUUGCACUCCCAUCUGCACCUUUAAUGCUGACUUGGUGCUUCCACAUCACUUCCCAACUUGCUAGAGUAGAGGCAAAACCAUUCCAAAGGAUGACUAGAACUGAUCCGUAUUUGAUAUCCUUGCUGUGUUAACAAAUUUGAGCAAGCCACCCAUUUGCUGAGUGUUGGUGCAGCUGACUGACAGGAAUGAGUACUUUAAUUAUUUUAGGGGUAAGGAAGGGAGCAUGUAGGCUUAAGGCUCAAAACAAGCCUUGUUGCAUCUGAGCAAGUCCUGAAUCUGCUCUAACUGUUGAGAAAAUCUAAAAUAAAGUUAUCUAUAGUGACAAAUGAAACACUGAAUUCAGUAGCGCAGGAAGUAAAUAAAGAACUAUUGAAGCAGGGAUUAAAGCACUUGUUUUCAAUAUAACUUGAAAUCUUAUUGAAACUCACAAAAUUUUAUGAAUGAAAUGUGUGUGGUACAGCACAUGUGUAAUACCAGUGCUUUAAUGUGACUGUUUUUAUUGGGUAUAUUGCUCAGAUGUUACAAAAAGAAUAAGCAGUAUUGGCACAAAGUCUUGCAAGCAUUCUAAUUUUUAGGAUAAUUUAUUUUCAGGAAUUGCAACAAAGAUAAUAUCAUAUCAACUUGAAGGAUGUCCAAAAACUGAAUUGAUUCUGUGCCAUGAGAUCAAUAAUGUUUCUUAGACACGCAUGCUUUCUCAUAUGUCCUUUUGAAUAUUGAAACUUUGGGAACACUUCUGUGUGUUAUGAAGGGAACAUGAAUGAGGAGAGAAUGCAUGGAACUUAAGCCAAUUCCUGAUCUUGGUUAGAGGAGGGAGGAGCUUUUGUGUUUAAUCCACCACCACCACUCACAUUGCAACAAUGUCUUGGUAAUUAACAUCAAGCUGAUAGCAUGAGACUCUUAAUCUCAGGAUCAGGGGUUUGAGUUCCACAUUGUGCAAAAGAUUCUUGCAUUGCUGGGGGUUGGACUAGAUGACCCCCGUGGUCCCUUCCAGCUCUACAAUUCUAUGAUUCUGUGAUCAAACAGAAAAGACUUCUGUUGGUUUUCUGGUUUUGUUUGUUCAUUUGUAAACUGUUUCUUAUUUCUUUCUCAAUAAAUCCAGACACAACAAGACCAAGAAGAAGCCAAGAAAGUGAUGGCGUUGAGUACAUCUUUAUUUCCAAGCACUUGUUUGAGACAGAUGUACAGAACAACAAGUAUGUGGGAAAGCAAGAACUUUUGUCAUAACAAUUGUUUUUUGUCAUUUUGUGGCUAGACAUCAAUUUAUAAAUGGAAGGUGCUUCCUCCUCUAAAUAUUCAGAUUGGAACAAACUUGAUCUGAAUGGGGGGGGGGCAGCAAUGUGUAUUCAGUUUCUCUUAAAUAUCUGCUUACUUCCCUACCUGUGAUCUGUUGGCUUGCCUGAACCACUUAUUUGCACAUUAACUGACAACUGCUGACCACUAGUGGAAAAAAUUAAUUACCACUAAUGGGAAUAAUACAAUUACAUAUACUGUUGCCCUCAACUGUGAUUAUAAUCCAUAUGAACACAGUAGCAGUUCUAGACAGCAGAUCUCCUGUUCUGCGUUUGAGACCACUUCUGAAAUGUCCAGGACAGAUGUCAGAAGUUUUAACUCUUUUUAUUAACUUCAAAAGUGGCUUCUGUAUACAGCACCAGCAAAGUCCUGCUCCUGUGCUGAGGGUAUAGGUGGGAGGAAGAGGGAAGGGCUUCAUUGACUCUCAAGUUUGCAAACUUGUUCAGUAUAAAGCUGAUGCAGUGUUACAUAAGAUAAUGUUACACUCCUCCCCCAAAAACAUUUUGUAGUCUUUUUAUAUAAGAAGUUACAUUGAACAAUUGGACUAGAUGACACUCAUAGUCCCUUCCAACUCUAUAAUUCUGUAAUUCUAUGAUUCUGUUUAUUCGUGUGAUAAAACAGGUCAGAUGUGGAAACAGCGUCCAAUAAUCUAUUGUUUAGAUUAUGCAUGUUUUUACUUCUUUAGUUUCAAAUGAAGAUGAUAAAAAAAACUUUAGCGGGCUAUUUGUUCUCUAGGUCUUUUGCUCUGUUUCUGAAAUAAAAGCAGGUUUACUGUGUGUGUGUGUGUGUGUGUGUGUGUGUGCAGUGGUACCUUGGUUUAUGAACUUAAUCUGUUCUGGAAGUCUGUUCUUAAACCAAAACGUUCUUAUACCAAGGUGUGCUUUCCCAUAGCAGCAGGGACUCAAUUUACAAAUGAAACACUCAACCGGAAGCAGAACAUGUUCUGCUUCCAAGGCAAAGUUCACAAACCAAAACACCUCCUUCUGGAUUUGCAGUGUUCUUACUCCAAGUUGUUCAUAAACUAAGCUGUUCUUAAACCAAGGUACCACUGUAUAUAUAUAAUCUCAAAGCAAAAAAAUCUGUAGUAGACUCUCACAUAGAAGUAAAAAGAACUGGAUUGUGUGAAUCAUCUCUGUAUAAUGCUACGUUUGGGGAGUCUUUAAAGGAAACAUUCAAUAAUGUUUUUCAAUUACAGGUUUAUUGAAUAUGGGGAAUAUAAAAACAAUUACUAUGGAACCAGCGUAGAUUCAGUUAGAUCUGUUCUGGCUAAAAAUAAAGUUUGUUUGUUGGAUGUACAACCUCAUGUAAGUAAACUACAACAUGUUGUUUUUCUGUUGGUAACCGAAUGCUGAUUUGCAUUGCUUUGUAGAAACAAAUAAGAUACUUUAGGUGGGUAAGAGUUGAAAUGUGAAAUCUUAUGUUCUACCGGCCACCUUGGGACUGACUGAACUGCUAGUAGAGGGGAAAAUGGACCUGGGUGCUAAAAGACUAGCUGCUUACCACUUUAGCUAUGAAAACAGAUUUAUUUUUGCUAAAUUAUUCCAACUUGAGAACUUUUACCUGCCUGUUCAGAACUGGACUCAUUCACAUACACUCCUAUAUAAUGGAACUAGAAUAUAUGAUACAUGACGGAUACUUCAGGAAAUACUAUGGAGGAUCUUUCUGAAUGAACGAUUGUAAAUUACUCUGCACAAUUAAAAUGCUAUAUAAAUUAUGCUUAAUAGCAGUAGCUCUGGGGGAUGAGGGAGAAAAAUAUAGAGAAGUGCCAGAAGGAAACUGGAGAGUGCCAGGUGACUUGCUUUACUCAAAGUAAAUAAAUUUUGAAACAAGCUGCUCAUAACUUAGCAUUUUCUUCUCUCCAGACAGUAAAGCAUUUAAGGACAUUAGAAUUUAAACCGUUUGUCAUCUUUAUAAAACCUCCUUCAAUUGAGCGUUUGCGAGAAACGAGAAAAAAUGCCAAGAUAAUUUCAAGCAAGGAUGAAAAAGGUGCUGCCAAGCCUUUUCAAGUAAGUAACUUCUGCGUUCCUGCAAAUAUGACAAGGUGCCAGGGGGGCUGUGUCUGUCAGUGAAGGUGACUACACACCCUUGUUCACAGUGCACAUAAUAUUUUUUUCAGCAUAACAUUUUUUUAAAGUAUUGGAAACAGAAUCAGAGAGGCCGGUCACUUCCAGAACCACCACCUCCCUCUCUCUUCUCCCUUCAUUUCAUGUUCUUAUUGCCUGUCCUUUAGGCAGUGUCACACCUAACAUGUUAGAGAUGGAGGCAGUUACCGUAUUUUUCCAUGUAUAAGACUAGGUUUUUUUAAACCCCCCCCAAAAAAGGUUUAAAAUUGGGGCUCAUCUUAUGCACGGUUAGUGCUGAGGGGUGUUUUCUUAAUUUGGAGUCGUUCCCCCCCCCCCCAAAUAGGGGUGUCUUAUACACAGGAAAAUACGGUAUGUCCCCUCUCCUCCAGCAUUCUUUUCAGCUGCCACUGCAAGAUGAGUGAGUCACAAGUCUGGCCAAUUAUAAUUGUAUCAGGUAUCUGUAGAUUUAGCUCUAGUUUGCUCCAGAUAUGCACCUAAACUAUAGGAAUAAGUAUCAGUGACAAGGAAAGUCAAAGACAUCAAUAAACGUAUUGAUGCACAGCCUCCGUGUCCGGCAAUAUCAUGUGAAUGCAAGCAAGAAUGUCUCUCAGGAUUGAAUCCUGUGGAGGUUGUUGGAAAGGAGUAUGUGUAACAGUGUGAAUGCCUAGCAAGGAUGCCAACUGUGGAUAUUGUCAAUUUGUUUCUGACAAAAUUGUUGUAAAUGUUGGUUUUUUAAAAUAAUACAUGAAUUUGGAAUAAUCAGGCUAGUGAGACUUCACAAGACUAUUAAAUACAUAAAUAGUUUCUUAAUUUGUAAAAGUAUAACACAGUCCUGGGGACUUGCUCUUCUUAGGAUUUUCUGUCUUAAUUUUAUGUAGUUACAUUCUAUGUUUCCAAAAACAUGAGCAAAAACCUACUGAAUGAGCCCUAGUAAGACCCAUGAAUCUGAAAGGAACGAUUCUUUUGGAUUUUUACCAAACUUUCAAAAAUACAGACUGUGUUCUAGUAAAUCCCUUGCUAAUAGCAGGCAGAGUCUUAGGUAAUGUAGUUGGUCAGUACAUCAUUAAUGUAAAUAACUUAAAAACAUUUUUCCAGUGCUUUUUCUAGCACAGAGACAUUUCUUUAAUUAUCAGUUAGUGACUAAUAAUGCUGAUAUGCGGAUAAAGAGGAAGGAUUUGUAAAUUGCUGGGCAAAAUAUUUUUUUUUUUUAAAUCAUAUUUAUUAAAGUUUCCAAGAAUAUAAAAACACAAAGAAAAAAGACAAAAGAAAAAAGAUAUUUAAAAACCUUACUUUCAUUCCCUACUUUCUGGGACUCCCCCCCUCCUCCCCCCAAUUGUAUUCCCCUUUCCUUAAUUUGGUUCUACAAGCUCUCACUCCCAAUUUAAAGCUUAAUUUGUUUAACCCACUAUCCAGAUUGAAUUGUACAAAUCUUACCACCGUCCCACAUCAUUAACAGAAAAAGAGAAAAGAUUUUCCCCAAGAUCCACCCCAGUUCCUUCCACAAAUUCCCUUUUUUUUUAAACACGUCCGAUCAAAGUAAAAUAACAUGCGUAAGUUAUGUAAAGAGAUAGAAAAUAAGAGAUAUAGAAAAAUUCAAAAAAUAGUUACACAGCCUUUGGAUUUCAAAUCUCCCCCCUUCCCCGGUUUGAAUUCCCCAUGUCCAUCAGUCUAUACGUUAUCAGCUUGGAAGUCUCAUUUCAAUCUUGCCGGUUUUCUUUUAGUUUAUUAAUUUAAAUAAUAUUUGACUUCAAAUGUCCAAUCUAACAAAGGCCUUUAAUUUCCUUGAUCUUUACCACUCCUCCCGUUGUUCUUUCCGUGUCGUAAUCAGUCCUUUAUUCUUCUUAUUCCUCACUUUCUCAGGUUUCUUGUCCUGUUCAGCUGCUAAAACUUUCUAAUUCAGAAAUCUAGUGUCUCUGCAGAGGUUUGUUAUUCAGGAACAAAAACUUACGUCCAGUCCCUUUCUUUCUUCAAUAAAAAUUCCAUUGUCUUCCUCUGUAGACAAAAUAUUCUUUCAGUUUUGCAGCUUUCCCAGAAGAUAACAAAUCCUGUGCGAAUCCCAGGGUAUUUUUCCACUUACGACCGUUCUUGUAGUAUCCCGAAACCCCUCUAGGGGGAUUGUAAUAACUGUAAUAUCCUCUAAUCCAAAAGUCAAAUUGUUGCUUAUUUUCCAACAGUUUAUAUCCAUAUUAUAGCAAAUUGUAACAAAAUUAACCAGCAAGGUCCUCGUAAAGUCCUCUUUAUAUUCUCCAGCUUUGACAGCCACUUUGACAGCUGUCAAAGUCUCCGUCUCUCUUCACCAAGCUCCACGGAUCGCCCCGGUUCCCAGGGGGGGGGGUUGCAUUUUUCUUCUCACCCUCCACUCUUCUCCUCCAGCACAUUUCUUAUAAUUUCCCAUCGUGAAAUUAAUGAUUUUUAUCAAAGACAUACUUCCCUUUGGACCUUGGUUACCCAGUCCUUGUUUUGGAAUGUUUACAAUAGGGGGAUUGACUUCCUUUUAAAUCGCCCCGCUCGUGCCAAAUCCAAAAUUUUGAACCCGGUUUCCCAAUUACUCACGGGUUGUUGUUAAUAGUCCAAAUUUUCAAUAGAAGAAGUCAGCGCUCUCCGCCGAAUGGCAUGCGGCUGCGCUCGGCAGGGAAAGCAGUGGACUCAAGCACCACGCCACUCCCGGCACCCGAUCCGAAGCCUUUAAAAAGGCUCCUUCACGAGUCGGGAGGGCGCUAAUGGUGCAAGCCGAGUCACCCAUGUCCACGGACUCCGUGCCCGUGGUUUUUAAGGGUCCCCGCGUCGCCGGCGCGGUAGGACCCAGCCCCUGCCGAGCAGACUCCCUCCGGAGCUCGGAGGGGGUCCGCCAUUCGGCGAUGGCGCCAACCCGGAAGUCUAUUGCUGGGCAAAAUAGAGUUUUUAAAACAAUAACAAAAUAGUUUGAAACGAAGACUUGUGUUAAUUUUGUAAUAAAGAACAUACAAUUUUUAUUCACUGUUUUAUGAACUAUUAGCUAAGCAUAGGCUUUGAUCCAAAAUGUAUGCUAGCAUGUCUACUUACGCAGGAGGGGCACAGAUCCACACACACACACACACACACACACACGGUGGCUGCUGAGGGUCAGGGGACUCUUCAGAAUAGUUUUGCGGGGGGAUUCAGGAAAUUGGCAGCUUCCCCCAGCACAAAUGGAAAUGCUUUCUACUCACACAGCAAGAUCCUUGGAACCAGGCCAUAAAACCUGAUUCCUUGUUAACUCCGAGUUCGGCAGAUUUGUAACUUGUUUUCCUUUUCCUUUUGAAUGACUACUUCUCUUUCUUUUAGGAGGAAGACUUUCAAGAAAUGCUUAAAUCAGCACAAAUUAUGGAAAGCCAAUACAGCCACCUUUUUGACAAAGUUAUAGUAAAUGAUGAUCUUACUACAGCUUACAAUGAGCUGAAAACAACCUUUGACAGACUGGAGCGAGACACCUUUUGGGUUCCAGUCAGUUGGGUGCAUUCAUAA